AUGGACGGGCAGGCGGCGCUGUGCGGCGUCGAGGCGGGCGAAGAGGCGUCGGGGGCGCCCCACUACGACUACAGCCGCAUCGUGGGGCCGCUGCGCGAGCCCGCGGCCCCCGGCCAGAGGACGCGGCGCCCCGGCGGGCCGGCCAACGGCUGCGCCCCCAUCUACGCGGGACACGAGACGGCGGCGCAGAGGUACAACGCUCGUCUCCUGCAGGCCGGUUACGAGCCGGAGAGGUGAGCGGCGCCCGAUUCGGGGAAGCCCCGGGGGGGGGGGGUUCGGGGUGAGAGCUAGUUUCUCCUUCCCCACUAACUCGGGUUGACUAACUCCGGAACCAAUCGCGGUACUUCUGAACUUCGGUUGUUGGCAAAAGGAUCGUUUUAGUUUGGCAGGCGGAACUCAGACAGGCUGCGCACUUGCUUAUUCUGCACCUGGGCGCCAGGUGCGCGUCCACAUGCGCGCUCAGCCCGGUUUUACCCCGCGAGGUGGGCUGGGUGCUGAGUGGGGGCGACUGGCCCCGGGUCGCCCUUGGAGAGCACCAGCCAGCCGUCCCCCCACGUCGUUGCGCUUGCCGUGCCAGGAGAGACGCUCCCAGCUUGGGGCUUCUCUGCUCCUCGGAGGUUCCUGGCUGGCGGGGAUCGACUGGUGGACCUCUGGGUGACCCAAAGUAGAUCAGCAAGGGUUUAUGACUUCCAGUGGCUCAAAACCAUCUGACUGUGCCACAGGGGGUAUAUUUUUAGGGGCUGCACAUUGGGUUUUAAUUGACGUUAAUACCGUAAUUUUUGAGUUUAGCCACCCUGGGACAUCCUGGGGAAGGGUGUGUAAGGAUCUGAAUUAAUAACAUCAACAAUUACAACAGUAGCAACAAGCCGGCUCUUCUGCCUCCCUACGUCAACCAGUUGAAAUGAAUAGAGUUUGGCGGUGUGUGUUGAAAGGGACCCCCUUAGGUCAUCUAGUUCAACCUCCUGCAAUGCAGGAGUCUCAACUAGAUCAUCCAGGGCAGAUGGCCACCCAACCUCUGCUUAAAAACCUCCAAGGAAGAAGAAGAAGAGAGUCUCAAAGUGGCUAACAUUCUCCUUUCCCUUCCUCCCCCACAACAAACACUCUGUGAGGUGAGUGGGGCUGAGAGACCUCAAAGAAGUGUGACUGGCCCAAGGUCACCCAGCAGCUGCUUGUGGAGGAGCAGAGACGGUUCCCCAGAUUACGAGACUACCGCUCUUAACCACUACAGCACACUGGCUCCCACAGCAUCCUGAGGGAGACAUUCCACUGCCAAAGAUCUCUUAGCAUUGGAAAGUCUGUUCCGUAUGUUGAGUCGGAAUCGCACUUCCUGCCCUUUGAAUCCACCGGUUCAGAUCCUUCCCUCUGGAGCAGAAGAAAACAAGCUUGCUCCAUGCUGUGGUCUCACCUCUACACCUUCCCUUCUCCAGGCCCAACCCCAAGUGGGAGCUCCCUUCGGUCCUGACCCUCAAAACAAAUCCCUGGGCUUAGAGAGCUUUCAGUGUCUAUGAUUCAAAAAGAAACAGAGUAGAUGCUGCUGCAGACCUGGAAUCUGCCACUGGCUCCCAAAAUGUUCCUGGAAUCUUGGGACCUCCAGGAGGCCAUGAAGACAUUUGCAACACACCCCCUCCACCACCCAGCCAAGUCAAGAGGUGACCUGGGGGCACCCAGAACCCUGGGCAGGAUCCUGAGGCUCCCCCCUGCCUUGCACAGAGGCAGAGCUCAUCCCACCUAGGUCAGUAUUUUCGGCAUCAGCCUCUCAUGGUCCCUAGAUGUUGCAGGACUUCAACUCCCAUCAGUCCAGCAUGGCUUGUGGUCAGGGAUGCCAGAACAUCUGGGGACCCAAAGUUGAGAAAGGCUCUUCUCCACUCGCUGUCGACAGCAGCUGUCUAGAAUUUCAGGCAGGGGGCCAUAACCAGCCCUGCCUGGAGACAGCAGCACUAUUAGGGCUUGAACCCGGGUCCGUCUCAGUGCAAAGGAAAGGGACCCCUGACCUCCAGGGCCCCUGCCCAGGAUCCUUGUGACGGCCCCUGGUCCCUGCUUCUCGCUUGCACAGCCAGCCCUGUAGGCUCCAGAAAUGCCAGUUUUUGAAGGCUGCCCCAUUUCUUGUCCUGUGAUUCACCUGGGACGCAACUGCCGGGGGAAGUCUUCAUUGUGCAAAAGCCCCAUUGAAAUGACCUGGCAAGCAGCUGACCUGUGGCCUGACCCAGCAGAGCCCUUCUUGUGGACUGGCACAAGCACACAGAACUAGCACUGUGAGGUAAAGGUAAAGGGACCCCUGACCAUUAGGUCCAGUUGUGACCGACUCUGGGGUUGUGGUGCUCAUCUCGCUUUAUUGGCCGAGGGAGCCGGCGUACAGCUUCCGGGUCAUGUGGCCAGCAUGACUAAGCUGCUUCUGGCGAACCAGAGCAGCGCAUGGAAACGCCAUUUACCUUCCCGCCAGAGUGGGACCUAUUUAUCUACUUGCACUUUGACGUGCUUUCGAACUGCUAGGUUGGCAGGAGCUGGGACCGAGCAACAGGAGCUCACCCCGUCGUGGGGAUUUGAACUGCUGACCUUCUGAUCAGCAAGUCCAAGAGGCUCAGUGGUUUAGACCACAGCGCCACCCGUGUCCCAGCGCUGCAAGGUAGGCCACUGUUAUUCCCAACAGAAGGUGAGCUACCUGCAGCAGCUACACAGGUGUGUGUGUGCGUGUGUGUGUCUGUGUGUGUGUGGCCAGCUGAAACGGGAAUCAUCAUGGAAGGGAAAUCUCUGCAUGUGGUGUGGAGUGUGUGUUGGUCCCUGUGAGCACAUCUGGGCAAUAGCAAUAAAAAUAAUGUUCAUCGAUAUCCUGUGUUUUCCCCAGACCAGGAACAAAGGCGGCCUCCACAAAUGCGGCCUAGGACCCUCGUACCUACGGGACCGCCUCUCCUGGUCUGCCCCACAGAGGACCUUAAGGUCUACAAAUGACAACACUUUGGAGGUCCCAAGUCGCAAGGUGGUUAGAUUGGUCUCCACUAGGGCCAGGGCCUUUUCAGCACUGGCCCCGACUUGGUAGAACGCUCUGUCCCAAGAGACCAGGGUCCUGCGGGACUUGACAUCUUUCCGCAGGGCCUGCAAGAUGGAGCUGUUCCACCUGGCCUUUGGUUUGGACUCAGUCUGACCCUUAUGUUUCCCUCCCCUUAUGGUUUUGAUCUAUGGGCUACUUUUAAAAUGAGGCUGCAUUUUAAAUUGCAUUUUAACUUGUAUUUUAACUUGGUUUUCCUUUCUCUCCUAUUAUGUUUUUACUGUGAUUUUAUUGGUGUUAGCCACCCUGAGCCCAGCUCUGGCCAGGGAGGGCGGGGUAUAAAUAAAAUUUAUUAUUAGUAGUAGUAGAAAUCAAAACAACACAGAUCAAAUGGGGAAGACUAAAAUCAUACUUUGAAAUACAGUGGUAUCUCGGUUUACAAACUCAAUCCGUUCUGGAAGUCUGUUCUUAAACCAAAACUGUUCUUAAACCGAGGUGCGCUUUGCCUAAUAGACCUCUCGCCGUCUGUGCCCUUCCACCAUUCGGAUUCCGUUUGUAGACCGAGGUAAAGUUCUCAGAUUGGGACACUACUCCCGGUUUUGCAGAGUUUGUAAACCAAAUUGUUAAGAACAGGACUGUUCUUAAACCGACGUACCACUGUAGAUGCAACUAAACUAUAACAGGAUUCAAACAAUAAAAAAAACAGGUUGCUGACAGGAGAGAGGCCUCGUCCCGAAGAGGUCAAGAGGGCGCUUGAGGGGUAAGGUGACCUCACAGGUAAACUGGUCCCCAGUUGUGAUGAUGCCAUGGAGCAAAUCACUGAUCCAACCCGUUUACUGAAAGGCCAGCUGGUUCACCAGGAGGCAAAUAAUAAUAAUAAUAAUAAUAAUAAUAAUAAUAAUAAUAAAUUUUAUUUAUACCCUGGCCUCCCCAGCCAAGGCCAGGUCAGCGCGGCUAACAAGCAAUAAUAAAAACAAGUUGAAUGAAUACAACUUAAAAACAAGAUUAAAAUGCGACAUUAAAACAUUAAAAUGCAGCCUCAUCACAGGAGGAGAAAGGAAAAAGAAAGAGGGGGAGGGAAUCAAAUUUAUUCCAAGCCAAAGGCCAGGCGGAACAACUCUGUCUUACAGGCCCUGCGGAAAGAAAUCAGAUCCCGCGGGGCCCUGGUCUCAUGAGACAGAGCCUUCCACCAGGUCGGAGCCAUCACUGAAAAGGCCCUGGCUCUGGUUGAGGCUAAUCUGACUUCCUUAGAGCCUGGGACCUCUAGGGUGUUACUAUAUAUGGACCUUAAGGUCCUCCGUGGGGCAUACCGGGAGAGGCGGUCCCGUAGGUACGAGGGUCCUAGGCCGUGGCUUAAGAGAGCGCUGGCAUAGAUAGUGUGGGGGCACCAAAGGGAGAAGGCGUAGAGGCCUGGGCUGCAGGAAGAAUCUGAGCCGCUUUCCAGGGGUGAGGAUCCCCAUAGAAGGGCUGGGGCCCAAGGUCCUCAGCCAGGAACUGGGAAUGACCCCAAAGGGGCUGGGGGCUGAGGCUCUGGAGCUGAGGCUCCAUGGUGAAUCUAAAGGCUGCCUAAGCUGGGUGGGUGACGAUUAUGAUUUAAUUUUUCCGCAAGUCUCCAUCUGCUCAGCAGAGACCCUGGGUGACCCCGGGGUGGGAGCUCUUUUCGGGCGGCUGCUCGGGGGCUAGUUAUCUGCCUUUGGCCUAAAGUGUCUGAGCUCUUACGUAAUGACUUUUAAAGGCUUAAUAUGAAUUUGGCAGGUGCUCAUCUGAUCUGCGUAGCAUCUGCCGGCGGUGGGGAGGGGGUGGGCGUUGGGUUUUGCUGGCGGCACUCGUGUGCCGAAUCAGAGGGGCUGAAAACCUUCGCCUUAAGCUUGUGGAAGGCAGGAAACCCCCUUGGGUCAGGUCCAGCUGAGCUGUCUGAAUGAUGGGUGCCCAGGGGCUUUCCAGAGCUCAGGAGGACCCGCAAGGGAUGCGCGAGACCCAGCCUGUCCCCAUACCGCCACUGCUGCAGAGAGUAGGGCCAUGAGAAGAGCCUGGCUGCCGGAUCCAGCCGGUGGCUCAACACAGUUCUCGCAGUAGCCAGCCAGAUGUCUCUACUGGGAAACCUGCAAUCGGAACCUGAGCAGAAAAGCACUAUGCUGCCAUUUCCUGUUAUUCGGGAUCAUUGGUGCCUCUUCACUGCGGAGGCAGAGUGUGGGCGUCGUGGCGAGGAGCCAGCCAGAGACCCUCUCCCCCCUUGAAAGAGGGGGCCUCUCUUCCACCUGCCCUGCCUGCUCAAACCUGCUUUGCAGGGUUCCUGAGCCCCACAAAGCACAGAGGACAGCAGGAUGGGAGCAGGAGAAUCGACUCCGGCCGUCUACAGCGCUCUGAGGUCCUCAGCUAUUGUCUGUCGAAAGGUAGCUGAGGCGGAAAGCAGCUCAUCUGGGCUGGCCUUGGGCUUGACCCAUCGAGGGCAGACAAGUGGAUUGGGCCCCAGUGUAGCAAAACAGCAAGCGCUCCAGGGCUUCAGGCAGGGGGGGGUCUGCUCCUAGCCCUGCCAUGGAGAACUGAACCUGCGAGCUUCUGCAUGCCUAUUAUUAUUAUUAUUAUUUUAUUAUUAUUUUCAUCUAAAGAUCACAGGGUGGUUCAAUCCUGAGAUAGCCUUCAGUAUACACAGCAAUCCUCAGAUAGCAGCCAGCGGCAAACAGCUCUUCCUCAAGUUCUUUGCAGGACUGAACUGGGGGGUUUUUUGGAGGGAAAAGAGACCUAGCAGACCCUCCUGCCUUUGACAAUGGAAAACCAGGAGGGCGACCAGGGGAUGGAGUCCACCAGCGCCUGCAAGGAUUAUGUUAUCUAUUCUCCAUGAGGUCUGGCGACAUGCCCCGCCCCAGAACCAUUCUAAGCAAGCAUUUCCUUGUCCCUUUCUUGGCACUUAAGGUGUCGAAUGCACAGCUCACUUCAGUAACUUUGUAAAAAGCCCGGAAUUUAUUUGGAGCUGCGUAAAUCGGUGAGGUCCAGUUCCUCGAUGUCAGACGCUGGAAUGCUAACAAGGCCUGUUUCUGGGUAGAUCAACAGGAGCUUAUAGCUGCGUAAGUGGGGAGGCAGAAAGAGAAUAUCUACUGCCCAGUGGAAGACUGUGAGGUUACCAUGGACUUGCCAAUGCACACAAACUCAUGCUUCUUCUGGCUGUGCUUUCCACACACGUUAAGAGAACCAGGGCAGGGCAUUGGCUUCUGCGGACCCCUCCGGAAACGCUGCCUACCUUUUUCUGGCGCACCCUUGCCCCGCAAAGCUGCUCCUGGCUAUUUCUGCCACAGGAUAGAGGAGUGACGUUGGAGACCUUAAUCUCCGAGGCAGCAAAUGCUGCUAAUUGUGGCCUGGCUGCGAUGGGCUGAGCAGAGACAGCAGGGAAGAGGCAUAUCCGGGGCGGCCCCAGCUGCUGCUCCCCCUGGGCAAAGGUGGGGCGCCUCCCUCUUCCCAUGCCCCCUGACCUCUGGGCUGCUUGGAGGGCUUCCGUUUCCUGCCCAUAGACUGCCUGUCUUGGGCUGACUUGGGAAAGUGAUCACCAAUCCCGGUUAUUCCAGGACACGACAGUCAAGGCUUUUAGUCUUGCUUCAGAAGGACAUGGCAACGUCCGAUUCACUCCCUUGAUCUUGUGAACAAAUGUCUCUUUUUUAAAGAUAUUGUAUUGUAUAACUGGGAUGCGGAUGGCACUGUGGUCUAAACCACUGAGCCUAGGGCUUGCUGAUCAGAAGGUCAGCGGUUCGAAUCCCUGCAACGGGCUGAGCUCCGGUUGCUCGGUCCCUGCUCCUGCCAACCUAGCAGUUCCAAAGCACGUCAAAGUGCAAGUAGAUAAAUAGGUACCGCUCCGGCGGGAAGGUGAACGCCGUUUCCGUGCGCUGCUCUGGUUCGCCAGAAGCGGCUUAGUCAUGCUGGCCACAUGACCCGGAAGCUGUACGCCGGCUCCCUCAGCCAAUAAAGCGAGAUGAGCGCCGCAACCCCAGAGUCAGUCACGACUGGACCUAAUGGUCAGGGGUCCCUUUACCUUUACCUUAUUGUAUAACUACAUUAGUAUAUAAAUCUUAGAUUUCUAAAUAAUUUCACUAUAUAUAAGAUAAGAUCUAAAUCAGUCCAAGAACAUUUAUUGUAAGAUUUCUUUUUCUUUUUCCAUUUUCCUUUUUCUGUUUGUUUGUUUGUUUAUGUUUUUUGCUAAUAGUAAUAAAAAAAGAAUAGGGUGGUCCUUGGAGAUCAGGGAGCGUCUUGCCUCCCUUCUUCCAAUUUGGACCAGACAGCUUCCAAUCCCUUCAGAUCCCAAGCAGUUUACCCCCCAAAGUGGUGGUCCCGUCAGGACUUGGGGCCCCACGGAGAUCAGGUCAAAGGAGGGAACUAGUGGGAUGACCAGCCAGGUUGCCUCCAUAGUAAUAGGUCACCAAGAGCUUAGCUGCUGCCCCUGCAUUGCAGGGGGUUGGACUAGAUGACCCCUGAAGGUCCAUCCCAACUCUACAGCUCUGCGAUUCUGUGAGCUGUGCUGCAAAAGUUUCCAGGUAGAACAGAAGCCCCUUGAAGAUUUGCCCACAUUUCACAUUUCUCAAUUUUGCAUCUGAUACCCGUCUCAGAAUUUGAACGGUUUGGACUAGAUUUGGUCCGGCUUUCGGGUAAGGUGGGUGGGCUCAGGAACUGUCAAAUGCCAUCAAAUGCCGCUCACUGCCUGUCAGUUGUCAGUCAAAAGCAAUAAUCCCAAACGCCACCUAGUGUUAAAUAACAUUGUGUCCAUUGCACACACAUUUGGCAAAUACCGUAUUUUUCACUCCAUAAGACACACCUAGUUUUUAGAGGAGGAAAACAAGGGAAAAAAAUAUUCUGAACGGAACAGUGGAUGUAUGAUUUUCGUGGUUCAUGCUGUGGACAAAGACAUGGGAUCUGAUGGUGAAUUUGGGGUGACCCAAUGCAAAAAUCCUGAGGAUCCAUUUGGAUCCAUGCUUUGUCACCAUGUUUUUGUGCCAUUGCAGCCCCACGCAACAGCAGGUGUGUGAUUUUUUGGGUGCAUGCUGAAGCUGUGGACAUGCUAUGUGAUCUGAUGGUGAAUUCGGGGUGACCCAGUGCAGAAAUCCUGAGGAUCCAUGGGCUUUUACCUCCCCCCUCCCAGGCAGCCUCCGCUGGCAUCCCUUAUCUCUCUCCCGAUCCCACCAAUCAGCUGUUUCCUUUCAACACUCCCUUCCCUCCCUUAGUGUCUUUUCCUUAGCUGGAGCAGUUUUUUGCUCCUCCUUUUCUUCUAAUUUCUCUCCUUAUUGGUUUAGUCUUCCUGUUUCCCCUCUUUGCAAGUUUGCUGUCUUUCCCUCCCCCCCUCCCAGGCAGCCUCCUUUAUCUCAAGUGUCCCUUAUCUCUCUCCCCAAUCGGCAAAUGAUCAUCGGCUUUGUUUCAACACCCACUUCCCUCUUUCAAAAAAGAGAGCAUGAUCUGCUUUUUGCCCCUGGGCAAUUCGGCUCCAGGGACCAUGUAUUCGCUCCAUAAGAUGCACAGACAUUUCCCCUUACUUUUUAGGAAGAAAAAAAUGCGUCUUAUGGAGCGAAAAAUACGGUAUUCGGCAAACGAAAUCAAUGAAGCAUCUGAGAGAGGAGGCCUUAUGGUAAUGGGCACAUAGAUGGACUCCCCCAGGAGGCAGCAAUGAUCCCCAAUUGGGAUGGCUAUAAAACAGGAUUAGGCCCAUUCGCAGAGGAGAGGGAUGUCAGUGGCUCUUGGCCAGAAUGGCUCUGCUCUGACCUCUAAGGUCAGAGGCAGCGGUGCUUCUGAACACCAGCUGUUGGAAACCGCCGGGGGGAGAGUGUGGCUCUUGUGCUCAGAUCCUGCUUGCGGGUUUUCCACCAUGGGCAUCUGGUUGGCCCCUAGGUGACCCAGUAGCCUCUUCUCAAGCGCAUGUCUGGGAACGAGGGCCGGCUAGCUGGCUGGCAGGCUCACCCGCCUCUGCUGCCGUAAGAGAGGCUUCCUUCUCCGGCACGAAAACAAGGCUAGCUGCCAUGGGGCUGUUUUCCUGCUUGCCUCUCCUGGGGCAUAAUUAACUGGGCCAGGCUGCUCUGGGCACUGGGGAGCUGCCUGCCUGCAGCUGUACAGAAGCCUCAGCCGCGGGCGCAGGCUGGCAGGGGAGCUGGAACAGGGAAACUCUCUUUCUGCUCCUGCAGUGUGAGAGGAGGGCUGGAGAAGCGGAUCAGAAGAGCCUGUUGGAUCAGACCAAAGGGCUCUCAUCUAGCCCAGCACCCUGGGAAAUCUGUAUGCAAGAUUUGAGCAUAAUAAUAAUAAUAAUAAUAAUAAUAAUAAUAAUAUUUUAUUUAUAUCCCACCCUCCCCAGCCGAAGCCAGGCUCAGGGCAGCUAACAACAGUAAAGUAAUACAGCAUUCUAAAAUCAAUUCGUUAUAAAAUCAGUUCAUAUCAAAUCAAUGGCAACCAUUGGGCUGGAGUUCUGUGAGUUUUACUGAAGGGGGGGUCAGGCUGUGCCUUGGCCAAAGGCCUGGUGGAACAGCUCUGUCUUGCAGGCCCUGCGGAAAGAUGUCAAGUCCUGCAGGGUCCUAGUCUCUUGUGACAGAGCGUUCCACCAAAUCGGGGCCACGGCCAAAAAAGCCCUGGCUCUUUUUGAGGCCAGCCUAAGCUCCCUGUGGCCCAGGAUCUCCAAGAUGUUUUUGCUUGAAGACUGUAAGGUCAUCCGUGGGACAUACCAGGAGAGGGGGUCCUGUGGGUACGAGGGUCUUGGCUGUAUAGGGCUUUAAAGGUUAAAACCAGCACCUUAAACCUGAUCCUCUACUCCACCGGGAGCAAGACUCUCCCCUCCUGCCAUCUCUGGCAUUCAGAAGCAUUGCUCAGUCCGACUGCGGAAGCAGAGCUGAGCCAACAUGUCUAGGAGCCAUCAAUAGCCUCUCUCCUCCUCCCUGAAUUUGUACAACCCUCCUUUGAAGCCACCCAAGUUGGUGGCAGUCCCUGCCUCCGGUGGGAGGGAGUUCCACAGGUUAACUGUGCACGUGGUUUGUGCCAUGCACAGGUCGACCCUCAACGACACCUCAUUGGUACUUUGGGAGGAAAGAUCCUGGCCAUCGCGGCUGGGCUGGGCUUCCCCAGCAGGAGGAAGCAAUGUUUCUGAAUGCCAGUUGCUGGAAACGACAGGGAUGUGUGAGUUACUCUUGUGCUCAAAUCCUGCUUCUGGGCUUCCCAUAAUGGGCACCUGGCUUGCCACUGUGGGAACAGAAUGCUGGACUAGAUGGGCCUGAUCCGGCAGGGUUUUCCUUGUGUUCUUAUGGAACCUGCAGGGCCAGGGGCAGUCUAUCUUGAUCCCUGGAGGUAUUUGGCCACUGUGAUGACCGGAUGGGCUGGUCAAGCAGCAAACUCUUCUCCUAUGUCCCAGCCAGAAGCUGUGACCUGGCCAGGUGGGCUCACCCUCUUUCCUCCUUCCUAAAAAUUGCAGCCAGGGAUUUGCGCCUAAUGGGAAGUGGCGCCUAAUGGGAAGUGGCCCCCAACCAGAUUCUGCCGCCUGCAAGCCUGCCCCCAGGGCCUGAGAGGCUGGCUGCCUUUCCCCCUGGCUCUCCUGGACCUUUCAAGACCCGCCUGGCAAGAGGACGGGGAUUCGGUUACCAUAAUUCUUGAAGAUUGACGAGGUGAAGUGGCCACAUGCGGGGUGAGGCGAUCUCGUAGGCAAACUGGUCCCAGGGGCUCAGAUCUCUGAGCGCAGGUGUUACAGACUGAGGAGACCUCGCUGCUGUCAGCAAUCGGGUUGCAGCAUCCCACACUCGCUGCACUGAGGUGUGAGGACAGCCCUACCCAGAGAACAAAGGAAAGAACCUCAGGCAGAGGCCUCAUUCAGAAGACGCCGUGUGCGUCUUCUGGUGAAGCUGGAUCCUGACUCCCAUGAUACAUUCGACGAAGGGGAGAGAUGAGAGUCCAGGAAAGUUGAUGCUGCAAUAAAUUGCGCUGUCCCAAGAGGGACGGCUUUGUUGUUCUUCCUGCCAAAGACUCAAAGACAACGUUUCUGCAAAUGGAAAGGAUGCGUUUCUGCAGGCGAAGUGCUGCCCCCCGGAGCAGGGAUCUCUGCCCAGCAAGCAUCUUGCCAGAGGAGAACGGAUUCAACAAAAGGCUCCUGUGAUCCCAGGGUCCUCAGAGGAGGCUGCCUGCUCUGUCUCUGCAUGAUUCACCAUUCUGGGCUGGCCUCCCCAGCCUGUCCCACCCAGGCUGCGCUUGACGCAGACGAUUCUGCUGUUUCCCUGGAGCGGGUGAAACUGGCUCAUUUUGCCGAUCACUCCCCAUGGAGAGGCACAGCCCAGUUAUCUGAAGAAGCCACGUCCAGGUUGGGGAUGCACACAGAGACACAACGGGGUGAUGGUGAACUCCUCUGAGAGAAAUUCUCAAUGUAGUCUUUUUGUUGGGGUGCAAGCUGAGGGGGAUGGACACACAGCUUCACUUUAAAUUCCAAAUCAAAAGAAGCAAAAAUUCAACCCUGGCUUGAGUCAUUCAUUCAUUCAUUCAUUCAUUCAUUCAUUCCAGGAUCUAUCCCGUCUUUUACAAGUGUUUGAAGGCAGCUAAGAAUAAAGAAUUAAAACCACCUCACAGCACGACAAUAGACAUAAGGGAAGUAGCAGCAAGGCAGCGCCCUGGGAGGAGGGAACUGGCAGCCAUGAAUACAAUUCUCUAGUUUAAAAGUCGGGAUGAACCUCAUUAAAAGGAAACAUUAGAAAAGAUUUAUCAUGGGGGGGGCAGCCCCCCGCCACUCUGCACGCUUAAAGUGUGGGUCAUAAUGGAGUCACCAGCAAGAGCUUCAAUAAAAGGAGGCGCCCAGAGCAAAGCUGGAGGAUAUAAAUGAGGAAACCAUUAAAAAUGGCCAGCGAAGCUUUGCAAACUCUUCUCCCAUCCCACUUUCCCCCUUUAAAGGAACUUUUUAGCCCAGAAAAAAACACAGCUUGUUCUGUGGAAACCAAACAGGGAACAUUUCUCCACCUUUCCAUGCCCUGCUUAUUUCAGGCUGCCAGCCAAGUCAGGCCGGUAAAGAACCAUAAAAUUGUAGAGUUGGAUGGGACCCCUGAGGGUCAUCUAGUCCAACCCCCGGCAAUACCGAGAUCACAACCAAAGCAUUCCUGGCAGAUGGCUACCCAACCUCUGCUUAAAAGCCUCCAGCAUCCCCUUCUGAAGCAGCAGCCCUGCAGAGACAACUCUUAAUCUCAGGGACAUGGGUUCGAGCCCCACUUCGGGCAAAAGAUCCCUGCAUUGCGCUGCGUUGGACUAAUAAUAAUAAUAAUAAUAAUAAUAAUAAUUUAUACCCCACCCUCCCUGGCCAAGGCCAGAUGAUCCUUGGGUCCCUUCCCACUGUAUACCUGGAGGAGUGUCUCCACCUCCAUCGUUCUGCCCGGACAUUGAGGUCCAGUGCUGAGGGCCUUCUGGCGGUUCCCUCCCUGCAAGAAGCCAAGUUACAGGGAACCAGGCAGAGGGCCUUCUCGGUGGUGGCACCCGCCCUGUGGAACCCCCUCCCAUCAGAUGUCAAAGAAAUUAACAACUAUCUGACAUUUAGAAGACAUCUGAAGGCAGCCCUGUUUAGGGAAGCUUUUAAUGUUUAACAGACUACUGUAUUUUAAUACUUUGUUGGAAGCCACCCAGAGUGGGUGGGGAAACCCAGCCAAAUGGUCAGGGUACAAAUAAUAAAUUAUUAUUAUUAUUAUUCCCCUCUCCAGUGACUGGGCAAUUGCAAUUGCACUGGGGAAACCGGCUGGUGGAACUCAGUGCAAGUGGGCCUGAGGUUCCCCGUCUGGCCACUGGAGGGCAGCAGAGGCAUCCUCUUUCGUUUGUCCUGCUACGGACUUUGGGGUGGGGUCCCUGGCAUGGUUGGCAUUCCUGGGGCACAGCAGCCAAGGGCAGCUUCUUGCCUCUUCAAGUCUUCAGGUGCCAGCUGCCCACUGCAGAGGCUGCAGAGCUUCUACCGGGCCAGCUUCAAGGCGUUACUUACUCCUGGUAUAGGAAGUGCUUAACAACUCGGGACCAGUUUAGCCCACCAGCGGCCACUGGACCACCUGUAGAACUGGCCCUCUUACAGGGGCCACACAAAACCCCACUCCGCAUUUGUGAGAGCGCAAACCUUUCGUGUUUACCCUUUGGAACUCCCUGCCUAUGGAUAACAGGCAGGCACUGUCAGAAGGUUCAUGUCUGCUGGCUACAAACCUGCUAUGUUUUUAUUUUUUUGCUAAGGACAAAAAUGAGAGAAAACCCCGCAAUGAAAGCCCUCUCUUUGGAGCAGGAACUGCCCUGAAAAUGAGGUACAAUUUAGAGGUUGCCCAUUGAUAUGGCUGCAGCAAUAAGGAGGGGAGACAUUGCAAGGAGGAAGCUGUUAAUCAACAUUGCAGGAGACCCUGAGCAAACAGGCCGGGAGGGGCAUGCGCUGCUGUUUUUAACCCAGUGUCUGCAGAGGGACGGCCAUCCGAAUCGUCCUGCCAGAUGCAAUCCUUCCAGGAAAGACAGGGUACCCUCCAUUCUGCCCUGGUCAGACUUCACAAAGACUCCAGGUCUGGGCACUACGGUUGUAGGGAGGGGAAUUCAGGGGGGCAGUUGCCCCCCAUCAAGUACGGUAAAUAAAAAAAAGAAGUACUUAACUAAUUGACCAAUUGCAUCGCAGGUAACUCGGUUAUGCCCCUACAAUAAAGCCUGCCCCCCUAAAAUAAACCCCGGCUAUAGGUAAAAAAGGGGACGCGGAUGGAGCUGUGGGUUAAACCACAGAGCCGAGGACUUGCCGAUCAGAAGGUUGCCGGUUCAAAUCCCUGCAACGACGGGGUGAGCUCCCGUUGCUCCGUCCCUGCUCCUGCCAACCUAGCAGUUCGAAAGCACGUCAAAGUGCAAGUAGAUAAAUAGGUACCGCUCCAGCGGGAAGGUAAACGGCGUUUCCGUGCGCUGCUCUGGUUCGCCAGAAGCGGCUUAGUCCUGCUGGCCACAUGACCCGGAAGCUGUACGCCGGCUCCCUCGGCCAGUAAAGCGAGAUGAGCGCCGCAACCCCAGAGUCGGUCACGACUGGAUCUAAUGGUCAGGGGUCCCUUUACCAUUUACCUUUAUAGGUAAAAAGGCAAAGGACCCGUGGACGGUUAAGUCAGGCCAAAGGCGACUAUGGGGUUGUGGCGCUCAUCUUGCUUUCAGGCCGUGGGAGUCGGUGUUUGUCCACAGACAGCUUUUCCGGGUCAUGUGACCAGCAGGACUAAACUGCUUCUGGUGCAACGGGACACCGUGAUGGAAACCAGGGCGCAUUUUACCUUCCCGCCACAGCAGUGGCAACGGACAGGGCAACGGGAGCUCACCCCGUUACAUGGAUUUGAACCACCAACCUUCUGUUCUGCAAGCCCAAGAUGCUCAGUGGUUUAGACCACAGUGGCACCUGCAUCCCCUAUGCACAUGCUGGGCGCCACAAUUUAAGAAGGAUGUUGACAAGCUGGAAGGUGAGCAGAGGAGGGCGACCAAGAGGAUCCAGGGUCUGGAAACCAAGCCUGAUGAGGAAUGGUUGAAGGAGCUGAGUAUGUUUAGCUUGGAAAAGAGGCGUCUGAUAAGUGAUAUGACGGCCUUCUUCAAAUAUUUGUGGGGCUGCCCCACGGAAGAUGGAGCAAGCUGGUUUUCGGAUGCUGCACGGGGGAGGACCCAAACCAACAGAUCCAAAUGAGGAACGAACCCUGAGGAAGAACUUUCUGCUGGCGAGAGCUGUUUGACAGUAGAAUGGACUCCCUUCGAAGGUGGUGGACGCUCCUUCCUUGGAGGUUUCUAAGCAGAGGUUGGAUCCUGUAGCUGAGAUUCCUGCAUUGCAGGGGGUAGACUAGGUGACCCUUGGGGUAUUUCAUGAUUCUAUGAUGGCAGAAAGAUUUUUCUUGGCUUGCAAACAGUAUCCCUGAAGGAGCGUCUCCACCCCCAUCGUUCAGCCUGGACACUGAGGUCCAGCUCCGAGGGCCUUCUGGCGCUUCCCUCCCUGUGAGAAGUGAAGCUACAGGGAACCAGGCAAAGGGUCUUCUCGGUGGUGGCGCCCGCCCUGUGGAACGCCCUCCCAUCAGAUGUCAAAGAAAUUAACAACUAUCUGACUAGAAAUAAAUAAAAAAAAUGUCCAGUAGCACCUUAGAGACCAACUGAGUUUGUUCUGGGUAUAAGCUUUCGUGUGCAUGCACACUUCUUCGGAUACGUGCACACAAAAGCUUAUACAGUGGUACCUCGGGUUAAGUACUUCAUUCGUUCCGGAGGUCUGUUCUUAACCUGAAACUGUUCUUAACCUGAGGCAUCACUUUAGCUAAUGGGGCCUCCCGCUACCGCCGCACCACUGGAGCACGAUUUCUGUUCUCAUCCUGAAGCAAAGUUCUUAACCUGAAGCACUAUUUCUGGGUUAGCGGAGUCUGUAACCUGAAGCGUAUGUAACCUGAAGUGCAUGUAACCCAAGGUACCACUGUACCCAGAACAAACUUAGUUGGUCUCUAAGGUGCUACUGGACAAUUUUUUUAUUUAUUUCGACUGCGUCAGACCAACAUGGCUACCUACCUGAAUCUAGAAUCAUGACUUUUAGAAGACAUCUGAAGGCAGCCCUGUUUAGGGAAGUUUUUAAUGUUUGAAGUUUUAUUUUGUUUUUAAUGUUUUGCUGGAAGCCACCCAGAGUGGCUAGGGAAACCCAGCCAGAUGAGAGUAUAAAUAAUAAUAAUAACAAAGAUACCGUAUUUUUCGCCCUAUAGGACGCACCGCCCCAUAAGGCGCACCUAGUUUUUUGGGGGGGAAAUAAAGGGGAAAAAAUUAUUCCCCCCCAGGCGCGGGGCUGGGGUGGGGGAAGCCCGAGCUUCCCCCGACCCCAGCCCCCAAACAGGCAGCUCUCUGCAAGCUGUGGGAGCCCAGUGCUGGCUCCCGCUGCUUGCGGAGAGGUCCGUGAAGCCUAGAUGCGCUGAGCUCAGCGCGCACAGGCUUCAGCAUGCAGGCAACUCUCCGCAAGCAGCGGGAGCCCAGCGCUGGGCUCCCACUGCUUGCGGAGAGGUGUGCGAAGCCUGCAUUCGCCCCAUAGGACGCACACACAUUUCCCCUUCAUUUUUGGAGGGGAAAAAGUGCGUCCUAUAGGGCGAAAAAUAUGGUAAUUUCCCCCAAGCAGAGCCAGGCGUUCAAGACAGAAGUCGAGGCAAGGCCCUGGAGCAGAAGGAGCCCAAAUCACUCUCCCUCUGUAUCGAUUCUGCUGCCUCCUUUUGGCCACAGUGACCCAUGAACCCCAAAAUGUAGUUGGACGCGGUUCUGCUGAACUGGCAAAUGGACUUCUGGUGCCUUUGCUCUUGGGGGGACGGCAGAGCACAUCAGCCUUAGGCAGGGAGGCCAAAUCUCACAUUCCUGGCCAAGAGACCCCUCAGGUGUCUCUAGGGCUUCCCCUUUGAGCAUCAGUUCCACUCCAAAAGCGGCUUUCAGUGCCAGGGGUCACCCCAAGAAGGAAAGAAAGAGAACGGCCUCUGAGGAUGCACAGAGUGCAUUGGUGUCACUGCUGAGCACACGCAGCCAGGGUGUACACACUGAAAGUUGUGGCUGCAUUAAGAAGCAGCGCCUCCCCUUGCAGGAUCAAGCCCCUUUGACAAGGGGUGCUGAGCCCAGGAGCGGCUGGCCUGAGGACCAGGCACGCAAUCUGCCUGCCUCGACUUCUCCCUCGAACUCGGGACUCUCCUCGGGGGACAUAAAUGAAACUCCUGUUUGCAAGCCAAGAAAAACCUUGUGCUUUGGACCUGACCAGCUUUUCCUGGCUGGGAAAAAGUGUGAUAGCAGUUUGGUAGGGGAAGGUCAGGGCAGCCCAGGAAGCUUCUCCCAAAAAGAACCAUCGUGGUUUGCAAGAGUUUGAAAUGGAAAUUAAAUGCAAACCACACGGGCAGAAUUUGCUCGCCGGAUUGAUUUCACUUCCUCUGAUAUUUUCAUACGGAUGGAAAGGAGUCAGGGGAAGAGCUGGCUUGAGUCACGGGUUCGAGAUCCGAGUCCCAAGGUUUUUCUCUGUCCCCCGUGGUUUCCUUUUUGCAGUCAGACUCAGGGUGGUUUCCUUGACCACAGGAGCAGAGCUGCCUUCUGCUACCAGACCAUCGUGUUUGGCUGCAGUGAGUGCAGGAUGCUGCAGCAAAAGUGCUGACAGGGCGAGGCCUUGCCAGCACAGAACACCUGGGCUGCUCAGAUGGGCUGCCAAUUUGCUACCCCAGAUGUGCCCAUGCGGCUGCUAGAAUCGGUGGAACUGGCAUUGCUACAGGUGACCCAUAAUCCCCCGUCCGCAUUUGUAAGAACUCAGUCGCCUCCCCUUUGGAACUCCUCGCCUAUUGAGAUCAAGCAUCGUUCGCCUUUGGGCACCUGCUGAAAGCACUCUUGUUUAGACAAGCCCGCCCAGAUGUUUAGAAACUCGAUGUGUGGUUUAAUCUAAAGGUGAAGGGACCCCGGACCAUUAGGUCCAGUCGUGGCCGACUCUGGGGUUGCGGCGCUCAUCUCGCUUUACUGGCCGAGGGAGCCAGCAUACAGCUUCCGGGUCAUGUGGCCAGCAUGACUAAGCCGCUUCUGGCGGACCAGAGCAGCGCACGGAAACGGCGUUUACCUUCCUGCUGGAGCGGUACCUAUUUAUCUACUUGCAUUUUGUGCUUUUGAACUGCUAGGUUGGCAGGAGCUAGGACUGAGCAAUGGGAGCUCACCCUGUUGUGGGGAUUCGAACCACCGACCUUCUGAUCGGCAAGCCCUAGGCUCUGUGGUUUAACCCACAGUGCCAUCCGCGUCCGUGGUUUAAUCUACUUUUAGCCUAUUAUUAGUUCCACUUUUGAAAGUUUUAAAAUAAUUGCUGUUAACUUUUCUUACGAAUACUUUUAUUAUCGUUUUCGGAAGCCGCUCAAGUCCCUGCCUCCCCCCCGCCCCAGCUCCACCUUAAAGACGAGAGGUGUAUAAUUUUAUGGGAUGAGUAAUAAAUUGAUCCAUCCAGCUCAGUAGAGCCUACUCUGACUGGCAGUGAAUUUUCCAAGCAGGGAAUUUCCCCCAGCCCUGACUGGAGACCCCCUGCCGCUGGGAGUUGCAGCUGGGGACCUUCUGCAUGUGGGGCAGGUGUCCUCUCCCUGAGCCAUGGCCCUUUCAAAGGGCGGCCGGAUCCUGCUUGUGGGUCUCCCAGAAUGGGCAUCUGCUUGGCAACUUUGAGAACAGGCUGUUGCACAAGAGGGGCCACUGGCAGGAUCCAGCCCGGGGCUAUUCUGACGUCUGUAAAUGAAAUUAAAGGGAUUCUUGAAUGGCGGCAAGUUCUGAAAUCAUGUGAGGAAGGAAUUUAGCUGCAGAGGAAGCCAGUCUGGAAUAAUUCAGCACCUCGUGGUCAAUUAGGCCAAUUAACUGCACGGAGAUCCUGGCCUCUCCACAAGCGCAUGACUUGAGCGCAGGAAAGCAUAAUAAUAAUCACAAGAACCAUGAAAUUGUAGAGUUGGAAGGGACACCCAAGGGUCACCCAGUCCAAUCCUGGAUUUAGUGGGAAUCUCCUUUCUUGUAACUUGAAGCCAUGGGUUCGAGUCCUACCCUCCACAGCAGGAGAGAACAAGUUUGCACUGGCCUCCACCCGAUAUUAGGUGAUGGCUACCAUGUCGCUUGGGACGCGGGUGGCGCUGUGGGUUAAACCACAGAGCCUAGGGCUUGCCGAUCGGAAAGUUGGCGGUUCGAAUCCCUGAGACGGGGUGAGCUCCCGUUGCUCAGUCCCAGCUCCUGUCCACCUAGCAGUUCAAAAGCACGUCAAAGCGCAAGUAGAUAAAUAGGUACCGCUCUGGUGGGAAGGUAAACGGCGUUUCCGUGCGCUGCUCUGGUUCGCCAGAAGCGGCUUAGUCCUGCUGGCCACAUGACCCGGAAGCUGUACGCCGGCUCCCUCGGCCAAUAAAGCGAGAUGAGCGCCGCAACCCCAGAGUUGGUCACGACUGGACCUAAUGGUCAGGGGCCCCUUUACCUUUACCAUGUUGCUUCUCAAUAAUAUUAAAGAGACUCUCCCGGCAGUUGUCAUGGCUUCUGGGGAAUGAAGGUCAACCCUAUUAUCAGAUUGGGCGGGGGGGCGGGGCAGCCAUGCAAAUCCAUUGCAGCAAAACAACAAAGAGUAUUUCCAGCACCCGAAACCCUUUUAUCACGGCUGAAGAUACAGCUCACUUCAUCAAGCUGUCCACAAAGCGGGGAGGAGUGAUCAAUUGCCCCAAAAUGCAAAUUGUAGCACUGCCUAACAACAGUAUGUGUGUUUUUUUAAAUUUAAAAAGCAUUUCUAAACUUGAUUAUUGAUUUAUUUGAUCCUUAAGAUUUACAUCCCACUUGUUUUUAAAAAGGCCCAACAACCUCAAAGCGCUUUUCCAAAUGAAUAAAGCAAUAAAAUUAUCAGCAGAAGGUUUUUUUUAAAAAAAUAUAAAAACCCAACUAUUUAAAACAUUCCAAAGAUUAAAAUACGCAAGGCUGAGUCCUAGGAUAUGGUUACCAGAUUUUUUUCAAGGAAUCCGGGGACACUUUCUUUUUCUCUUUCCUUUUUUCCCUGAAUUCCAUGCUUUAUUGUUUUAGAAAAGGGUUGCCCAAAGUUCUUGACCUAUUUUUUUUUUUGGGGGGGGGAUCCCCAAAGUUGUGGAGCGCACACCUCAACACAAGGCAGGCGGAGAAGCCCGUCUACAAACACACAAAUGCAAAUUUUAAAAAAAGGUGGCGGGUUGUGUGUGGAGAGAGAUUGAAUAGAGGCGCUCGCUGGUCUUGGGAAAACACGCAUUAAAAGACACACACAAGGCAUGUUAAGUUGUGGGUGAACAUAUCAGACGACACAGCGAUUCUUCAAACAGCUCUUGUUUAUUCACAGGCCAGAACAGAACUGAACUGAAGGGCUCAGCCAGCCUGCUUAUAUAGAGCUCCACUAGAACGCAACAGUAACCAUUUUCUGUAACUAUCCAAUCACUGAACGUCACUUUCGAUCCCUUAUUUGCAUAUGUGGACCUGAACUAUCUACAGUAUCCCCCUGCUGGCCCAGGGUGAGAACUUCAGUACAUAACAAGGCAGCCGAGUGGCUCAGAGCCCGUUGGAGCGCCACAGGCUCUUCUGCUGCGGGUGGCUCUGCGCGAGUUCGGGGUGAGCGUUGAUCAAGGAAGUGAGCCAGAACGAAGCUCUCUGGCUUGCGCCUCGGUUUAAAUAGCCCCAACACCAGCCAGCGGAUUGGCUGGCUGGAACUUUGAUGUGGCCGGGACCUCCAGUGCUACUCACUGCCAUGGCGCCCACCAUGUUGCCCACCGGAAGUCCCCAGGCAUAAAUCCGGGGACAUUCCGGGGACAGAUUUUGUCCGGGGACAGAUUGGUGAAUCUGGGAACUGUCCCCAGAAACCGGGGACGUCUGGUAACCCUAUCCUAGGAUUCUGUAAGAUGGCUCCUGGGUUUGAGUCCCACGUUGGACAAAAGACUCCUGCCUUGGACUAGAUCAGGGGUAGGCAACCUAAGGCCCGAGGGCCAGAUCCAGCCCAAUCGCCUUCUCAAUCCGGCCCACGGAUGGUCCAGGAAUCAGCGUGUUUUUACAUGAGUAGAAUGUGUCCUUAUAUUUAAAAUGCAUCUCUGGGUUAUUUGUGGGGUAUAGGAAUUCGUUCUCUCUUUCCCCCCGAAAAAUAUAGUCCGGCCCCCCACAAGGUCUGAGGGACAGUGGACCGGCCCCCUGCUGAAAAAGUCUGCUGAUCCCUGGACUAGAUGAUCCUCACGGUCCCUUCCAGCUCCCCAAUCCUAGGAUUCACUGGGGAGCUGCCUGCCCAUUGACCCCAGUUAAAACCAGCGUCGCUCCGACGUUCCGACCUGGGUUCUCAGACCCUUAAGUCCUUUGCUGGUUCCCCACAUCUGGAUGCCAAAGAGCUUUCCUUUGCUUGUCAGCCUGUCUGCUUUUGCCCAAAGAGCGGCGCCUGCCUGACCCCAAACCUGCGCUUCCUCUUUGGGGGAGGGGGAGCACAAUUGUGGCUGGAGGAUGGAUGGGGGUUCCUUCUGAGGCCUCCUUGGGCACCAGGAAGCAGGAACCCCUGCCUUCUUCCUUCCUUUUCCUUUCUCCUUCCUUCCUUCCUUCCUUCCUCCUUCUGCUUCCUUCCUUCCUUCCUUUUCCUUCCAUCCUUCUCCUUUUCCUUUCUCUCCUUCCUUUCCAUCUUCAUUCCUUCUCCCCCCUCCCUCCCUUCUCCUUCUUUACUUUUCCUCCCUCCCCAUCCUCCUUACUUCUUCCUUCUCCUCCCUUCUUUUUCCUCCCCCCUUUUCUUUCCUUCCCAUCCUCCUUCCAUCUCCUCCUUCCUUCCUUCUUUCCUCCCUCCCUCCCUCCCUCCUUCCUUUUCCCUUUCCUUUCCCUUUCUCCUUCCUUCCUUCCUUUUCCAUCCAUCCUUCUUCCUUUUCCUCUUUCUCUCCUUCCUUUUCCUCCCUCCCUCCCUCCCCGCCCUCCUUCCUUCUCCUUCUCCUUCCCUCCCUCCUUCGCCGGAGGGAGGAGCCGCCCUCCCGGGCUGUCCGCGCCCCGCGCUCCGCCCUCCUCCUCCUCCUCUUGGGCGCCGCUUGGUGGCUCCGCUGCGCGGCGGCGGCGGCGGCGCAGAGAGCGCGGGGCGGGCGCCGAGCGCAGCCAACGGCGGACCGAGGAAGCCGCCCGCCCGCCCGCCCGCCCGCCUGCCUGCUCGCCCGCCCGCCCGCCCGCCGGACGACGACGACGAGGAAGCGGCGGCGGAGGCGAGCCCGGCCCGGCGGCUGCGGCGGCUGCGGCGGCGCCAUGGGCGAAGGCGAGCCGCUCAGGUAGGCGCGCCAGGGGAGCGCACGGCCGGGGAGGAGGCGAGGCAGGAAGCGGGCCGGGCCGGGCUGGGCCGGGGCGGCGGCGGCUGCUGCUGGUGGCGUCGGCGGCCCCUGGGCGCCCCGGGUGCCCGAGCACCCACCCAGUUCCCCGGGCAGGCUCCGUGCGCCCUUGUCCGUGCGCCCUCGUCCGUGCGCCAGGCAGGGCCAGCCCCGCCGCCUGGCCCCCGCGGCUCCUUGGCUGGACAGGCGGCCCCCGAGCAUGUGCAGAGCGCUGACGGCCUCUCUUCUCUCUCCCUUGCCUCCGCAGCAUGGCCGACUACCUGAUCAGCGGCGGCACCGGCUACAUCCCCGAGGACGGCCUGACGGCGCAGCAGCUCUUCGCCAUCGCCGACGGACUCACCUACAAGUAAGGGGGGGCAAGGGGGCGGGACCUCCUCCCCAUGUGGCUCCCAGCUGGGUCCCUCUGCACGCACCCUGCCUGGGGCCCCCCGGAAGAUGGCACCCCCAGGAAAAGGGGCCCCGGCUAGGAAGGGCGUCUCCGCACCACCUGUCCAAGCGCCAGGGGCGGAUGGAGACAGCUGGCAUCGCCCCAUGGCAAGGAGCCCCCUCCCACAGAAUGCCUGGCUGGCCCCCUGCAUGGAUGGCAGGGGUCCUCCUCCUGUCCCCAAGGAGGCCCUGCCCUACACCGUCCGCUGUGUCCCUCUCACCCCCCAAGCGGUCAACCCCAACCUAGUGCCCAACCUGAAUCUCAGGAUCAGAAUCUCUGGCCAGGCCCUGCAAAGAGCAGAUGGCGCACGGCAGAAAUGUUAUUGGGGGACUCCUUGGCUGGCUCUGCUGAAGAGUUCGGCCAGUGGACCUCUGCAAUUGCCAACAGGGCCUGCCUUGCUUUUCCUGCCCGGAAAUCUGUGAAAUGGGCUGCUGGUCACUCUCUGCGCUUCCAGGAGACCCCGCUGUUUGUUGCAAUUUGGGUGCAGGGACGUUAGGCAGCGUUGGCCGUUCAAUGCAUUUUCAUUCCAGUCCGUUUGUGGGGAGGUUACUUGGAGUUGCGUCAACGCAAGCGUCAUCCCUCCCUGCCUUUCCAAAGUGUUUUUUUCCUUAUCGCUUUCCUUUUUUGCAAAAAGAGUGAAUCUUCGGGGGAAGCAGGUUUGUUGCGCAAAACCUCCUAGUCAACUCUUAAUUGAGGAACCUGGUGACAGCCUUGGGAGGAGGAAUUUGCUGAGCUUUUGGGGUUGGUGGGUAGAGGGCAAAAAUAUUCCGAAUGGGCUGCCUCUACCACCUCCUCUUCCUGGGCCUGGCUGGGAGCAUCUUCCCCCUCCAUCACGGUCUGGCUCUUGGAGUGAAUUUGCAUGGGAAGGGUUUCUCCUUUAAUAAUAAUAAUUGUAAUAAUAAUAGUAUCCUGCCCAUCUGAUUGGGUUGCCCCAGCCACUCUGGGCAAUCAUCAAUAUAUAAAAAAACACAAUAAAAUAUCAGCCAUUUAAAACUUCCCAAUACAGGGCUGUCUUCAGAUGUCUUCAGAUGUGUAGUUGUUCAUUUCCAUGACAUCUGAUGGGAGGGAGUUCCACAGGGCAGGUGCCACCACCAAGAAGGCCCUCUGCCUGGUUCCCUGUAACUUCACUUCUCGCAGGGAGGGAACUGCCAGAAGGCCCUCGGAGCUGGACCUCAGUGUCUGGGCAGAACGAUGGGGGUGGAGACGCUCCUUCAGAUAUACUGGACCGAGGCCGUUUAGGGCUUUAAAGGUCAGCAGCCAACCCGAAUCCCCCCCUAGAAAACCCACAAGCAGGAUGUGAUGGAUAGUGUGACUUCUUAGGGAGACGUUGCAUAAAAUCCUGCUGCCUCCAUGCUUUGCUGUGCAUCUUCUCGAUCCUUAGGGACCAGAGAGGGAGGGGAGAGCUCAGCCGUCAUGACCAGAAGCUUUUGGAAUUGUCUGAUCCAAGCUGGGACCGAAUCUCGUGGUUUAGCUCUGCUCUGUGCACUCCUACAAAUUGCAUUCUUGCUCUGGCACAGUUGAGAGUUCCUCUGCUUACCCCGCCCACCAAUACAUAAAAGCCCAGCAGUUUAAGCUUCUCCUCAUAUGAUGGAAGAUGAUCCAUUAAUCAGAUUACCACGGUCAUCCUCCUUCACCCCGCGUUGCCUCCACAUUUUUUAAAAAAACGGUGACUUUUGUUGAGGCUCGAAAGUAUUCUGUUCGGUUUGUGGUUCCCCCCUCCCUUCCCUUCUUCUGAAUUCGCAGUGAAAAGGCCGCACACAGAGAAUGCAUGUAAGCAAAACUUGCAGCAAAUAUUCUCCUUGCGGAGGUUGUUAGUCUUCUCCAGCUGCCGGGACCAAAGGAUCGGAGCAGGGGGCUACCCUGCCCCUGGUAUUCGGAGGUAGACUGCAGCUGACUGUGGAGGCUCCGUUUCGCUUUCAUGGCCGGCUGCCUUGAAUAGACCUCUUCUUCAUCCCUUUGAAUUUCAUCUUCAUCCCCCUUUCAAAAACAAUCCAUGCCCCGCGGCCAUCGCCGUGCUUUGCGGCAAGAAUUGCCUUCAGAUUGCCUGUGCUCCUUCCGCUGGACGAGGUUCAUGGGCUGGAGGUCAAGGAGGAAGCUUCCUGAGUCAAAAGGGAAGGCGAGGCUCUGGGUUCGUGUUCUGCACGCUGGUUACGUUCUCCCCUUGUACAGAAUCACGGUCGUACUUCUGAGAAAUCCUGUCAGCUCAUAACCGCCCGAAAAAUAUUCCUAAUGUUCAGUUGGAAUCUCCUUUCUUGUAACUCAAAUCCAUUGGUUUGAGUCCUACCCUCCAGAGCAGGAGAAAACAAGCUUGCUCCAUCUUCCAUGUGACAGCCCUUAAGAUAUUUGAAGACUGCUCUCAUAUCUCCUCUUCGUCUCCUCUUUUGCUGGCUAAGCAUCCCCAGCUCCUUCGACCGCUCCCCAUCAGGCCCUUCAUCACCUUGCAGACACUGGUCUCUGUUUGAUGUGUUGAUGUAUUUAUCAGCUCCAUCUGCUACGCAGGAUGAGACCCUCCCUGCCUGCGGACUGUCUUGUCAGAGUGGUGCAUGCUCUGGUUAUCUCCCGCUUGGACUACUGCAAUGCGCUCUAUGUGGGGCUACCUUUGAAGGUGACCCGGAAACUGCAACUAAUCCAGAAUGCGGCAGCCAGACUGGUGACUGGGAGUGGCUGCCGAGUCCAUAUAACACCGGUCUUGAAAGACCUACAUUGGCUCCCAGUACGUUUCCGAGCACAAUUCAAAGUGCUGGUGCUGACCUUGAAAGCCCUAAAUGGCCUCAGUCCAAUAUAUCUGAAGGAGCGUCUCCACCGCCAUCGUUCUACCCGGACACUGAGGUCCAGCACCGAGGGCCUUCUGGCAGUUCCCUUGCUACGAGAAGUCAAGUUACAGGGAACCAGGCAGAGGGCCUUCUUGGUGGUGGCACCUGCCCUGUGGAACACCCUCCCAUCAGAUGUCAAAGAGCACAAGAACUACCAGACUUUUAGACGACAUCUGAAGGCAGCCCUGUUUAGGGAAGCUUUUAAUGUUUAAUAGGUUAUUGUAUUUUAGUGUUCUGUUGGAAGCCGCCCAGAGUGGCUGGGGAAACCCAGCCAGGUGGGCGGGGUAUAAAUAAUAAAUUAUUAUUAUUACUGUUACUAUUAUUAUUACUAUUAUUACUAUUAUUAUCUCCUCUCAGUCUCCUCUUUUCCUGUUUAUGCAUCCCCCACCUCCUUCAACCGCUCCUCAUCAGGCCCUUCAUCAUCUUGCAGACACUGAUCUUUGUUUGAUGUGCUGUUGCUUGUUCAGCCAGUUUGAAGCGAUCCUUCUGGAACUCCUGAAUUACCUGGUGCAAGCUUACCCACCUCACUGUUCACCCAAGAUCGCUUAAGGAAGUAGUUUAAAAGUGCCGGGCCCUGGAAGACCCCAGCCCUGGCUUCCCUCCGCUGCGAGAAUGUGCCGCGUAUCUUUAGUUCCUGGUUUUUCUUCCUAAAGCCAGAGGCUCACCUGUAUGGAGGCCCCAUCCUCAUCCCCUGGGAUAAUUUAGAGGUUUUCGGAAAACAGGAGGCUCUAAUCCCCAGGAUGCUUCCGGAGGAGUAAGUACUGCCUAACUGGACGCAGCUUGCUUCUGAGUAAACACGCUUUGGGUUGUGCUGCAAGGUCACGAUCCUGCGCACACUUAGCUGGAAGCACAGCGGGACUUAAUGUCCAAGUAGUCAGGCUCAGGAGGAGCGGCUACUUGCAUACAAUUUUUAUACCAGAUUAUCUCCCAUCUCUCCAUGGUUGCUGAUGCUCAGGACACGGCAAAGGAAGAUUUCCUGCUGCAAAAGCCCUGCUGGUUUUUUUGCCCAGGCUUGUUCUUCCGUAUGUUCCGUUAUUCGGAUUUUAACAAUGCUGCCUACAAAGUUGCCAGAGAGAGGUGGUGGGCUCGUGGGUCUGUAAUUCCCUCCUAAGUCCUCCAUUUAAAAAUGGGCCGCCUUCCAGCCCCUCAAGAGGGAAAUUGAUUUUUAGCAACAAGCCGCCCCUUUUUAUUAGAAGAUCAGCGUUUUCACAUUUCUGUUAGAACUGGACGUCUUCCAUCUGGACCCGACGACUUGUCCUUCGCUUGUCUUUUUUUUUUAAAAAAAAUGAUAUUUAUUAAAGUUUCACAAAAAAAGAAUCACAUUAAUAAAAAAGAAGAAUUUAAGAAUAAAAGGAAAAAUACACAAUGCAAAAUACAAAAAGAAAAAAGAAAAAACAGUUAAAAACAAUUCCGUCUUUUCAUCACUUCUUUUACAUUUACUUAUUUCCCGGACCUCCUCAUACCUCCCUCUUUUGUAUUCCAAUUCAGUUUGUUAGUCCAGCAAUUUCUUUCCCUCCUUUUUAAUCCCAAUCCUUAAUCUUGAUAUAUUAUAACAUUAAUUUUUUACCUAUUAAAAACCAAUUUUUCCAUUCUUUUAACCUUUUUAAUCCUAAUCCUUAAUCUUGAUAUAUUUAUAACUUUAAAACCUGUACAGCUAGAAGCCACUUAACUUCAAUCCAACAUCACUCUAACAUUCAUUAAUUUUGCAAUAUUUCUGUAAAUAAUCUUUGAAUUUCUUCCAAUCUUCUUCCACCGACUCUUCUCCCUGGUCACGGAUUCUGCCAGUCAUUUCCGCCAAUUCCAUGUAGUCCAUCAUUUUCAUCUGCCAUUCCUCCAGUGUGGGUAGCUCUUGUGUCUUCCAAUACCUUGCGAUGAGUAUUCUUGCUGCUGUUGUAGCAUACAUAAAGAAAGUUCUAUCCUUUUUUAACACCGAUUGGCCGACUCUGUCCUUCGUUUGUCACUUGGCCCUAGACCUUCGUCUCUUGUCAUUCCUGCUUGACUUAAUUCUUCAGAUGCCCCUCUUUAAAAAAUAAAAAUAAAAAAUAACCACCACGACACACCUCAAAACUGGUUUGGGCACAGAUGCCUGUCCAGAAUCUUCUGCAGUGAAGACCAACACAAAUAAUUCCUUCCCCUUUUCUGCCAUCUCCCUCUGCUCCCUUUGGCACCCCUUUUCACACUUCUGUUUUCUGAUGUAUUUAAAAAUAAUGUAUUAAUGUUGGUCUUCAUUCUUCUGGUAACUCCUUCCCCCAAUCCUCCCUCUUAAUUUGAAUUUGUUUUGCCAGAGUUUGUGUUCCUUCCUUCUCUCCUCAUUUCGGGCAUUUUGUUUCAAUCAUUGGUGCCCAUUCCCCAUCCGGGUUCUAUAAACUCAUUUGCAGUCACUUAGAGAAGGCUCUGAAAUAUUGGCCCUGAGGCUUGAAUUUGUUUUGUAUGGGGUAGUUUUAUUUGACGUUUUAAUGUGUUCGUAAGCAGCUCUGAGGUUUUUUCUUUGAAAGUAUGAAGUGCACUAGAAAUGGAAAUAAUAAUAAUAAUAGUAGUAGUAGUAAAAAUAGUAAAUCUCACUAUGGGGAAAAAUGGUGCAUAGACGUUCCAUUGUGGUGACCGUAACCUUGGUUUAAGUUGCCAUUUGGCAAUUAGUUUAUAUAUCUGAGUUUCUUUUUCCCCCUUUCCUUUUUUUGAGUUUUAUUUAUUUAUUAACGUUCUAAUGUUAACGUCGGUAAACAUUAUCAUAUUACAUCACAAGGCUUAUUAUAAAAUAAUUUUCAGCAUAUAUACGAAGUUUAUAUACCUAAAGAAAAGAAACAAGGAGAAAAAACUAUUCCAAAAUCAUAUAGGUACCAACACUUUGGACUUCCUGUCUAUCCCGUUGUAUAUUCCUUUUUUACAAAUGAAUGUACUCUUCUUAUUGUAUAUUUCUUUACAUUUUAUCUAAUACAUUCCUAUAUCAAUAUGUACCCUUGGUCUUAUUCCUCAACUCAGUCUCUCUCCAACGUCAAUCGAAUGCUAGCAUAUAGCUGAGUUCCUCGCACUGGCAGAGAGGCGCUUUGGAGAUUCCUGUCCAUGGAGAGGUUUUCCAGCUUUCCGGCCCUUUAUUUCUGAACAGCACCCUUUUCCCAUUUUGCGGGCACACUGUGUCUUGGGGAAAGUGUGCCUUGUCUGAAUUUGACGGGGUGUCAGAUUGUUCCGGGUCCUUGUAGUGGAGAACUUUCUUCCUGCCCUCAAGCUGUGGGACCGGGUGCAGGGGAAGCCAAACCACAGAAAUUUAAGGAGACCAGGUGCCCUCAAGGGGAGAGGAAGGGAAGGAGGAAUGGAAAGAUCCUUCUGGUUAUCUUUGCAGAGAAUAGCGCCGCCUUUUCCUUGAAGCCAAGGAUAGGAGGAGGGAUGCAGCCUGUGGCUUUGAGGAGGGCAUCUCCCACCUCUCUUGUUUCCCCCCAAACUGUGCAAAUCUGGUGGGCGUGGAACGAGGAGCGGUGAAUGAGUAAGCGCGUGGUUUAAGAAAACGUUGUCAUCCUUUGACGCUAAUAAUUGAAAAAACGGCUUUUCAUCUUGGCAGAUCCCCACCGCUGCCAAAAAAAGGAUCUCUCUUGGAUUUCUGCCACUGCCGUUCAUGUCCACCUUGAAUUCGCGGGGUGGUCUCCCGCCUCCGGUUCGACACCCAAUUCAAAUGCCACCCCUUGUGCCUUCCUCCAUCCUCUGAGAAGAUUCAGGACAAAGAAAGAAAGUCCAUCAUCAUCAUCCUCAUCCUUAUCAUAAAAUAAUAAUAAUUUCUUAUUUAUACCUGACCCAUCUGACUAGGCUUCCCCAGCCACUUUGGGCAGCUUCCAACGAAAUAUUAAAAACACAAGAAAACAUUAGACAUUUAAAACUUCACUAAAGAGGGCCGCCUUCAGAUGUCUUCUAAAAGUCAGAUAGUUGUUUAUUUCCUUGACAUCUGAUGAGGGGGUGUUCCACAGGGUGGGCGCCACCACCGAGAAGGCCCUCUGUCUGGUUCCCUGUAGCUUUGCUUCUCGCAGGGAGGGAACCGCCAGAAGGCCCUCGGUGCUGGACCUCAGUGUCCGGGUAGAACGAUAGGGGUGGAGACGCUCCUUCAGGUAUACUGGGCCGAGGCCAUUUAGGGCUUUAAAGGCACCAACACUUUGAAUUGUGCUUGGAAACGGACCGGGAGCCAGUGUAGGUCUUUCAAGACCAGUGUUAUGUGGUCUCGGCAGCCGCUCCCAGUCACCAGUCUAGCUGCCGCAUUCUGGAUUAGUUGCAGUUUCCUGAUCACCUUCAAAGGUAGCCCCAAGUAGAGCGCAUUGCAGUAGUCUAAGCGGGAGAUAACCAGAGCAUGCACCACUCUGGCAAGAUAGUCUGCGGGCAGGUAGGGUCUCAUCCUGCGUACCAGAUGGAGCUGGGAGACAGCCGCCCUGGACACAGAAUUGACCUGCGCCUCCAUGGACAGCUGAGAAUGAUCCCCAGGCUGUGCACCUGGUCCUUCAGGGGCACAGUUACCCCAUUCAGGACCAGGGAGUCCCCCACCCCUGCCCGCCCCCUGUCCCCCCCCCAAACCAUCAUUCCUUUAAUGCUUGAUGGUUCUCCACCCCCCUUCCCUCUGUCUUUUUGUCUGAAGCUGCCCAGAGUGGCUGGGGCAUCGCAGUCAGAUGGACGGGCUAUAAGAAAUACAUUAUUAUUAAUAAUACAGUGGACGCUCCGGUGGCGAAUGUGAUCUGUGUGGGAGGCACGUUUGCAACCCACAGUGCCGCAUCUGCUAACGCGCGGGUUGCGAUUUGGUGCUUCUGCGCAUGCGCAAAGCGCGAUUUAAAAGAGGAAUGGACAAAUUCACGGCAGAGGAGAGGCCUCUCGACGGCUCGCUCUUCCUCCACGGUCAGAGGAAGCUGUGCUUCUGAAUCUUCUCUCCGCCCUCCACAAACGAUUGCGCAUGAAGCAGCUGUCAGUUGAUCUGUAUUGAUCAGAGGGAGGACAUACACAGAAUCCUGUCCCCUUUGGGCCAGGGUCCUGUUCAGGGCCACUGCAGCUGUCGGUGCCAAAGAGUCGUGAAUGCUGGAGUUGUGGCGCUGGCUGCAGGGUCCCCAAGACCACCCAGCGCAUGGCUGAGGGACCCCAGGAGGCUUCAUUCUGCUGCAUUCGGAGACGGUUUUGUCCGGGUUUGGCCCAGAGUGUCCCGAUUGGCAGCUGUUCGAUGUUAGCUCCGGGGUCAAAUCACGGGACUGUGCCAUUGUAUGCCUUCCUUAGAGUGGGGUCACUGAAAGAGGCCUACUGUUUAUGGUACAUAAAAUAUGCAGGACACCCCAAUUUUAACGGGGAGCUGGGCAGGGCAAUUGGCAAAGAGCAACAGACACUUUGUGGACCUUUCAGGGUACAGAGGGAUGUGUAAGUGUUUGCUGGGUUAGGUCCCUUUCUGUUUCCUGGUAAGAGAGCUUGUCUCACGCGAAGGUCUGACUACAGCAAAUCUUUUAGCAGCCCCCCACCCACUUUUUAAUUUUUCUUUUUAUUCCUGUGAAGCAUUUUGCUCGGUUUUUGGAGAAGCCUCAUCUCUUCCCCCCUUUAAUUUUUACGCAAAGGCGUGUGCCAGUUUGGAUGCAUUCCAAAUGCAAUUAAUUUCCUUUUUUGCUCCUGCCUGGGAGUGGCUGAGCUCCCUCUGGAUGGCUGACCGAGGUUUUUUUGAUGGGUCUUGCGGUUGCAAAUAUCAAUUAUGCAUGUGGGCUGACAUUUCCGGAUGGGAAUCGCAAAGGGAGCCGUCUGGGCUUCUCUGCGCGGAGGCCGAGAGCGGAGCUGCUGCGUAAGGGAUCUCUGAUCCCUCCAUUGCCACCGGAUUCCCUUCCCAGUCCAGGGGGGUGUUUGGCCUUUGCUCUGCUUCCCCUCGAGCAAGCGGGCAGCAUGGUGUGCUCUUCGUGCUUCAAAAUGUGUUUGUGUUUGAUAUCAUUCAUAGAAGUGAAGGGCUGGAAGGGACCUCCAGGGGCCAUGUAGUCUAACCCUCCAAUGCAGGAAUCGCAGCUAAAGAUUCCCUAACAAAUUGCCAUCCAGCCUCCAAGGAAGGAGAGUCCUCCACCUCCCAAGGAAGUCUGUUCAAACGGCUCUUACCAUCAGAAAGUUCUUCCUGAUGUUGAGUCGGAAUCUCCUCUCCUGCAACUUGAAGCCAUGGGUUCGAGUCCUGACCUCCAGAGCAGGAGAAAACAAGCUUGUUCCCUCUUCCCUGUGACAACCCUUGAGAUAUUUGAAGAUGGCUCUCAGAUCUCCUCUCAGUCUCUUCUACAGAUUAACAUACCUUCAACCAUUCCUCAUCUGGCUUGGUUUCCAGACCCUUGAUCAUUUUGGUCGCCCUCCACAGCACACAUUCCAGCUUGUCAACAUCCAACUCCUCGAAAAAUUCCAUUUGUCUCCGAAAAUUUUUACACAUUACUUGGGAAGACAGGUGAACUAAUACCAGUGUACUGGAUGAAGCAAAGAUGACCAGUGUUGAAGCAAUGAUUCUUCAACAUCAACUUCGUUGGACUGGUCAUGUUGUGUGGAUGCCUGAUGAUCGUCUUCCGAAGCAACUCCUCUAUUCCAAACUUAAAAAUGGAAAGCGUAAUGCUGGUGGUCAACAAAAGAGGUUUAAAGACUGUCUCAAGGCAAAUCUAAAAAAAUGUAGUAUAAACACCAACAAUUGGGAAACACUGGCCUGUGAGUGCUCCAGUUGGAGAACAGCCUUUCCCAAAGGUGUCAUGGGCUUUGAAGACACUCGAACUCAGGACGCAAGGGAGAAACGUGCUAGGAGGAAGGCACGCUUGGCAAACCUUCAUUGUGAUCAGCUCCCACCCAGAAACCAAUGUCCCCACUGUGAAAGGACGUGUGGAUCCAGAAUUGGCCUCCACAGUCACUUACGGACUCAUUGUUAAAACCGUGUUUAUGGAAGACAAUCUUACUCGGCUACAAGGGAUUGCAGAAGAAGAAGAAGAAAUUGUGGUGCCCAGAAGUGGACGCAGGCCUCCAGGUGUGGCCAGACCAAGACAGAAGAGAGAAGUACCACAUUGCCUUGAUCUGGUCACUCGACUUGAUGCUGACCAGAGCUGCCUUCCUGGCCCACCCCUCACAUCCCACCUGCCUUAUUAUACAGCCCUGCUCACCUGCAUGCACAAGGCGUGGGGGGCUCAAUUUAGCAUCUCCCCCCCCCACCAACCCUGCGGGGUUCAAAAUGAGCCGGGCAUAUUUUGCACUUGGCUCUCGGUCCCUUGUGACCAAGGGAAGAUGCCCGGCUGCCAGGAUAGCGCCUGAUAUCUCUGCCGUAUCUGGAGGUGCAUGCCUGGGGAUCCUCGGAUCGGGGUCGUUUUCACACCCUGUAGAAUUAUGUUAAGUUAACCCUGUUAAGUUUUAUCUGCGCCGUCGGAAUGAAUUUCUGAAACCAAAAUUCUUUUUCUGGGCAAGCUGAGCAGGAGCAGCGAACAACAUUGCAAUGAAUUGUUGUCGCUUCCCUCCGCUGACAGUUUUGAAGGAUAUUCCCACGUUAUGGAUGGUCAGUGUCACCAUUAAGAGAAAGAGUCAAUCAAUCUUUUGAAAAAUGAGACUUUGGCUCCCAGUAUGUUUCUGAGCACAAUUCAAAGUGUUGGUGCUGACCUCUAAAGCCCUAAACGGCCUCAGUCCUGUAUACCUGAGGGAACGUCUCCACCCCCACCUCACAAAUUCGAUACCAAUAAACAAGGGAGUGCGCCAAGGAUGUAUAUUGGCCCCCUGCCUAUUCAAUCUAUUCAUCAGCGACAUGCGAGCACCCCUAGUCAACUCAUCUCCAAGUACACAUGCGCCUAGACUAGCGGAUUACCGCUGUCCACUCCUUUUAUAUGCGGACGACGCGGUAAUUCUAUCUUAUACACGUGUUGGACUAACCAGAGCUCUGAAGAUCUUUGCCACGUAUUGUCAACUCAACCAAUUAACCAUCAAUCAUGCUAAAUCUAAGAUUCUGAUUUUCGCCAGAAGUCGGAGAUUAUACGAAUGGAAGCUUGGUGGAGCAAAAAUAGAGCAAGUCCUAAAAUUUCAAUACCUAGGAGUUAUUUUUCAAUACAAUUUGGGGUGGAAAGCACAUAUUCAACACCUACUUAAUAAGGCCAAAACUCUGUCAUAUGCGCUCCUCCGAUUUUUCUUUUCGGAUGGAGCUUUGCAUGUUCCCUCGGCCCUAAAGGUGUUCAAGGCAAAAGUGGUUCCCGUGCUUGCUUAUGCUGCCCCGCUCUGGGUCGUGAUGACAGACCUUGCUCCUCUUGAGACUUUGCAAAACCAAUUCCUACGUCGGCUCCUAAUGCUCCCCCUGUGCGUAAGCAACGCAGCCAUGCGUUUAGAAUUGAGGAUCGCAUCCUUAGAAACCUGCCUGUGGAAGCAAGUCUUCAAUUAUUGGUUAUCAUUGUGGCACAGAUUACCUGACCAUUACCUUGCCCAAUGCUUAUGGCGAGAUGAAUUCCCCAGCCUUUGGACCAGUAGAAUUCAUGCCAAACUCCUGAGCUAUGGAAUCUCUCCCUUAGAUUCCCUAAAACUAGAUCAAAUCACUGCUCAAAGACUGAUCCGCCAAAGACUGGAUGACAUCGAUUUACAGCAAAAUUAUAUGCUGGGGGGAGGUGUUUGUUCGCCCCAGAACAUUGGUAUCACUUUAACUUAUUGCGUUCCAUCAUACCUCUCCUCCCUUUCGACUGUUGCCCAUAGGCUGGCCUUCACCAAAGCGAGGUUUAAUGUUUUCCCUCCAAUGUCCUGAGACAUAGAUUCUCAAAGGGCCAAACCUCCGCCAUGUGCGAAUGUGAUAAGGAGAUGCCGGAGUCGCUUCAGCACAUUAUGUUCACUUGCCCCUUAUUUAAGGUGCCACGGGCAAACUUGUUGGGAUCAAUCAUACAGAAAUUAGAGGGUACUCCACCAAAAUUCCACCUUGCCCAAAUCUUGCAGGAUAAGGAUGCCCAUACGACCCUGAAAGUGGCUAGGUUCCUGGUCGCUGUCCUUACCCAAAGCGUCGCCAAGGAGCACCACAAGCUAAUUAAGGCGUAGUAUGCCAUUCCAUCUUAUAGUAGCUUAUUGUUAUAGUAUUGUUUUAGCGGCUGUUUUUUUCCCAUGUGCACAGGCUGUUAUUUAUGUCUUGUUUUUAUCUGUAUGGGCCUACGGCCGUAAUAAAUUAUUAUUAUUAUUAUUAUUAUUAUUAUUAUUGUCUCCACCCCCAUCGUCCAGCCCGGACACUGAGGUCCAGCUCCGAGGGCCUUCUGGCGGUUCCCUCCCUGCGAGAAGUGAGGUUGCAGGGAACCAGGCAGAGGGCCUUCUUGGUGGUGGCGCCCGCCCUGUGGAACGCCCUCCCAUCAGAUGUCAAGGAAAUAAACUACCAUCAGACUUUCAGAAGACAUCUGAAGGCAGCCCUGUUUAGGGAAGCUUUUAAUGUUUGCUGUUUUAUUGUGUUUUUAAUAUUCUGUUGGGAGUCGCCCAGAGAUGGGUGGGAUAUAAAUUAUUACUAUUAUUAUUAAUAGUUGUUGUUGUUGUUAUUAUCUGGUCUGGCCUUGGUUGAAUUCUGUCCAUUGGGGGCAGAAAAUAUUGACAGUGCUGGGGGGGAGGAGCUCCUGUGCUCCAGCUUUCAGCCCCCUGAUCCUCUGACCCCUCCUUUCUCCCCCAGUCAAAAUAGGGCCGGCUGCCCUGGGCCUCCCUCUCUAAGCCCCAUUACUCACGCCGGCUGGCCAUGAAUGGCUUUGCAUCGGUUGCCGUGGGGCCCCUCCAGACCCUUUUGUUUUUUGGGGGGUGGGGUGGGGGCAGAGGCUGCCAGGGAAAGAAUCCCUGAAUUAACACGUGGGGUUUGGCUUUGGGGAGUCCACCCACCCUGGGGUCUCGAGCCUAAGCACACACCCCGUUCUCUCCUGGAGCAGCCACGCUUCUAGGUGCCCCCCUCUUGCCCCCGGGGGGUGCGAUGCCCCUCCUGGGGUGCCCUCUUUCAAUCCACAGCAGAGGGGGCUGUCGAAGGCUCCAGCCGCAAUGGCUCCUCAUCAUCACUUUUAAUUUGUAUAGCGUCUUUCUAUCUUGCAAUACUCAAGGCGGUUUACAAGCUGAAGAAACAAAAAAUGUACCGUAUUUUUCGCUCUUUAAGACGCACCAGACCAUAAGACGCACCUAGUUUUUGGAGGAGGAAAACAAGAAAAAAAAUAUUCUGAAUCCCAGAAGCCAGAACAGCAAGAAGGAUCGCUGCGCAGAGAAAGCAGUGAUCCCUCUUGCUGUUCUGGCUUCUGGGAUAGCUGCGCAGCCUGCAUUCGCUCCAUAAGACGCACACACAAUUCCCCUUGCUUUUUAGGAGGGGAAAAGUGAGUCUUAUAGAGCAAAAAAUACGGUACGUCUUAUAACAAUCCAAUGCAAUACAAAAACGUGAUAAUAAAGCAUAACUUUAAAAAAGGCAGCCUACAUCAAAAAAGUCACAUUCCGCAGCGGAGAGGGUUCCUGAAGGCUCUGCCCUGCGCAGUUGGAAGCAGUGGAUGCCUCCGGGGGCCGGAAAGGGCAGGACCCCCCGCGGGGAGAGGGCUGCUCUCGCACUCGGAUCCUGCUUGCGGGGCUCCCAUGACGGGCCUCUGGUGGGUCACUAUGAGAAAAGGGUGCUGGGCCAGAUGGGCGCCUUUGGGCCUGAUCCUGCCCCAGUGCUUCCCAUGCUCUUAUGUCUUUUAUUAUUAUUGUUAAGUUUAUUUUACAACACAUAUACACACACAGCCAUAAAACUAAACAUCAAAGUAAUAAUACACAAUCAAACAACAAACAGCAAGCAAAUGAAUACAAAUAAAACAUAAUGACAUACAGAAACUUACACAGAUCAAAUAGUCAACAAUGUGUGUGUGUGUGUGUGUGUGUGUGUGUGUGUAUAAUUUCAAUUCUUCUUUUCUGCCAAUUGACUUCCUUCAUCCUCAACACGGUUCUCUUUUCGUUUUUGGUAAACUGUUUCCUUCUUAGUUCAUUAUUACCCCAUUUUCUUUCUGUUUUUAGCUUUUAUACCAUAAUACAGUGGUACCUCGGGUUACGUACUUAAUUCGUUCUGGAGGUCCGUUCUUAACCUGAAACUGUUCUUGACCUGAAGCACCACUUUAGCUAAUGGGGCCUCCGGCUGCUGCCGUGCCACCGGAGCACGAUUUCUGUUCUCAUCCUGAAGCAAAGUUCUUAACCUGAAGCACUAUUUCUGGGUUAGCAGAGUCUGUAACCUGAAGCGUCUGUAACCUGAAGCGUAUGUAACCUGAGGUACCACUGCGUCCCAAUUAUGAUGUACCAUAAUUGGGACACAGGUGGCACUGUGUGUUAAACCACAGAGCCUAGGACUUGCCGAUUGGAAGGUCGGCGGUUCAAAUCCCCGCGACGGGGUGAGCUCCCGUCACUCGGUCCCUGCUCCUGCCAACCUAGCAGUUCGAAAGCACAUCAAAGUGCAAGUAGAUAAAUAGGUACCACUCCAGCGGGAAGGUAAACAGCGUUUCCGUGCGCUGCUCUGGUUCGCCAGAAGCGGCUUAGUCCUGCUGGCCACAUGACCCGGAAGCUGUACGCCGGCUCCCUUGGCCAAUAGAGCGAGAUGAGUGCCGCAACCCCAGAGUUGGCCACGACUGGACCUAAUGGUCAGGGGUCCCUUUACCUUUUACCUAAAACAUGCCAUAUUACUUAUUAUCAGGAUUGAUUAGAAUAGAAAUAGCAUUUAUGGGCAGUACAUUCAUCUUGUAUUUGUAUUUGGUUUGAGCAACAGUCUGGAGGCAGAAUUAAAGAGAAUCAGACCUUGAAGGCCAGCACGUGGGAAGCCACACAAAAUUUAUAAUUGUUGUGUUUGAAUUGGUAUUGCUAUUUGGUAUUAAUAUAAUAUGGUGCAUAUUGGAUUUUUGUAUAGUCGUACCUCGGGUUACAGACGCUUUAGGUUGUGCGAUUUCAGGUUGCGCACCGCGCCGAACCCGGAAGUACCGUAACGGUUACUUCCGGGUUUCGGUGCAUGCGCAGAAGUGCUAAAUCACCUUUUGCGCAUGUGCAGAAGCGCCGAUUGCAACCCGUGCAUGCACAGACGCGCGGGUCACGGGUUGCGAACGCUGCGGGUUGCGAACGUGCUUCCCGCACGGAUCACGUUUGCAACCCGAGCGUCCACUGUAAUUGAAAAUAAAUAAAAAUUAUUUAACUAAAAAAAGAAAAGAUUGGUAGAGGUGGGUGGGGCCCCUGGAGGUCAUGCAUUCCAACCCGCCGUGAUGCACGAAUUGCCGCUAACUGCCGUCCGUUCCUUUCUCCUCAGUGACUUCCUGAUCCUCCCAGGCUUCAUCGACUUCACGGCGGACGAGGUGGUGAGUUCGAGUUCCCCACGGGGCAGCGCCGUUUGCCGGGUGGGGCUGCCUGAGGGGUCCCAGGGGGCUGAGUCUUUCAGCUGCUCCCCUCUCCCUUUGGUGGGUGUUGCAGGGGGGCUUUUCCCCAGCCGGUCACCUGAGACCCCCCCCUUUAUGAGCUGCAGAGCAGCACAAAUAUACAAGCCAUUCGCUCCCCUCUCUAAAUUCCCCAGCCAUCCCUCUUCCCAUGUGGGUCACGACGCCCCCUAACCUUUCCCUUCCUUCCCAAAGAAAUGAGCCCCCUGGUGUAGGUGUUGGGAAUUAUUUUGCUCUUCACUCGUUUGCAAUAUUUUAUGGUUUUACUAUAUGGUUUUCAUAGAAUCGUAGAGUUGGACGGGGCCCUCCAAGGGUCAGCCAGCCCAACCCCCUCCAAUGCAGGAAUCUCCACUAAAGCAUCCCUGGCAAAAGAUGCCCAUCCAAGCUCUGCUGGAAAACCUCCAAGGAAGGAGAGUCAGAUGGCUCCUUUGUGAUUAAUAAUAAUAAUAAUAAUAAUAAUAUACCCUGUCCAUCUGGCUGGGUUUCCCCAGCCACUCUGGGCAGCUCCCAACAGAAUACUAAAAACUCGAUAAAAAUAUUAAAAACUCGAUAAAAUUAUUAAAAACUCGUUGAAAUUAUUAAAAACUCGUUGAAAUUAUUAAAAACUCGAUAAAAUUAUUAAAAACACGAUACAAAUAUUAAAACACGAUAUUGUUGUACAUUCUGUGAUCCAGCGGUAUAUGUUAUUUUUUUAUAUAAAUAGGCAAACUUUCUUUUUCUAAAAAAAAAAGCAGCAACAGGCUUCGAAUUCACCAUAAAAGGGGGGCCGUAUACCUGGCCCCCGCAGGGUUUGCCUUGCGCCUCUCCCCACCUGACCUCCAGCUGUGCUGCCCAGGGCUGGGCCCUCAAAACAUCUGGGAGGGGGCGCUGGUUUGGGGAGUGCUGGCGUGGUGCAGCCUAUGCGGGGGGGGGGGGCUGCCGGCCCUGCGGAGAUAAUCUCGUCAAGACUAAUUAGGCCAAAUGGAGUCGGCGCCUAAUUGGCCGGCCGGGAUGGUGAAGGUCAGGCGGCCGGCCGAGGCGAGAAACGCUGGGGGGUGGAGCCCUCUCCUUCACGGUACUACAGUUCCCAACGACCCCGGGAAACUAGGAUUCUUUGCAAGGGACGAAAUGAGAGACGUCUCCAGGUGGGAAUUCUUCAAGGAAUAUUUCAAAAGCAGUUGCUGCAAUCUCAGUACAGCAGCCACCUUGGAAUAACUUCGGUAGAUACUAUAUGUUAAGAAAAAUAGAUAGGAACAGUCUUACUGAACAGGCAGUCCUGUUCAGGGAAGUUUUUAACGUGUGACAUUUUAAUGUAUUUUUAGUCUUUGUUUGUUGGAAACCACUCAGAGUGGCUGGGGUACAAAUAAUAAAUUAUUAUUAUUAUUAUUAUUAUUAUUAUUACUCUUGUAAUAAUAAAACAGACAAGUUUAAUCAAUGAGUUUAUUAAUAUGGGGGGAAUUGGACGGGAUGGGAAGUCAUAUGUCUAUGGAGAAAAUUUAUCGUUUGAAAACACACACCCUUUUUGUGUGUGAUAGUUUUUGCGCACCCCCAGCAUGGCCAAACUCAGCCCUCCAGAUGUUUUGGGACUACAACUCCCAUCAUCCCUGACCACUGGUCCCGUUAGCUAGGGAUGAUGGGAGUUGUAGUCCCAAAACAUCUGGAGGACUGAAUUUGGCCAUGCCUCCCCAUAAACUCAUCCCCAGCGCAUUCAAAAAGCAUUAUUCAGAUCAGCGGUUCACACGACCUACUAAGGAGAAUAACCACACAAUUAAAAAAAAAUAAAAAAUGAGUUUCCCCUUUCUUCAGAGCCCAAUGGAAACUAUUUAGUGCAAUGAAUUUGACAGAACAGAUGAACUUUAUCCAGGGAUAUCGGUUUUUCAAAGUCAGAAAGUCAUCGAAAACUUCAGGGAAGUUUUUAAUGUGUGACAUUUUAAUGUAUUUUUAAUCUUUGUUGGAAGCCGCCCAGAGUGGCUGGGAAACCCAGCCAGAUGGGCAGGGUACAAAUAACAAAUUAUUAUUAUGUAUUAUUAUAUGUAUAUAUAUAUGUCAUUGACACCCCCUGCACCUCCCUGCCACCCCCUUGCCUCUUGCCACCCCCCGCCCACGUUCUUGCGCUGCCUUCCAGGGCGCGAGAGCGCCCGCUUGGAGAACCUCUGGUGCCGAGUGUCGCCUGGCCCUCUUGUGUCUCUUUGGGGUUUGGGGGCGCCCUGGGGGUUGGGCCGGAUGAGCCUUGGGGUCUCUUCCAUCCCUCCACCCCCCUCUCCCUCCUCCGCAGGACCUGACGUCAGCCUUGACCCGCAAGAUCACCCUCAAGACGCCUCUCAUCUCCUCCCCGAUGGACACGGUGACCGAGUCGGACAUGGCCAUUGCGAUGGCGGUGAGUGGCCGUCCCCAGAGAGGGAAGGGCCUCCCAGGGGGUGGGGAUGGUCCCCCCACUCUGUUUCCACGUCUUCCCCCAGCAAGAGCCCUGGGAGGCAGUUUUGCCCGUGGGUCUGGGGCAGUGGGGUCCAAACUUUUCCAAAGAGUUUGAUGAAGUGAAGGGCCAAACAAAGGAUUGAAAUUGGUGACCUUUGAAGGAUUUUACCCCACAGUUGGUUGUUGAGCUUUUUUUAAGUUGGUGAGGUUUAUUUUAGGAUUUUAGCCCAGGAAAUAAACUGCCACGGGGGCUGGAUUAGACCAACCGGUGGGCUGGAUUAGGCCCCCCCCGAAACAGACUUUGCCUGGGGGCAUUCCCACAGACACACAGAUUUACUGAUAUGACACCCUUUCCAUGGUUAAAAGGUGGCUCUGCGUGGGGAGAAAACAGCACCCGGAGCUUUGGAGUGGGGUGGGGAAUCUGGGGGGCUGGGACCAGGAAGAAUGCAGCCUCUGUGACUUUGUCCCCCCCCCCAUCUCCCCCCUGCAGCUCAUGGGCGGCAUUGGGAUCAUCCAUCACAACUGCACCCCGGAAUUCCAGGCCAACGAGGUCCGGAAAGUCAAGGUGAGCGCCCGGAUUUGGGGCUGGCGAAGGGCUCCGUAUUGGGGUGGGGACAGAGCCGCGAGGCCGGCCCCGGGGUUACUUGGGGGAGCAGGCCCACUCCUCCCCCCUGGCUGGCCGAAAAAGCAAGGAAGGGUUUGUAAGAUGAUGCCUAUCAGGGAGGAAGUGGGCAGCAGGGGAAAGUUUUCUCACGCUCUCUUUUUAAAAUUAGGUUUUAUAAUUUUAUAUUCAACACAAUCAUCAUAAACACAAUUUAAAAAUUCACCAACCUCCUUUUCUGAUUCUUUAAAUAUUUGCUCCUUCUGCUUAUUUUGUUUACCUUGAUUUUAAAAAUCUUCCAACUAAAUAUUCUUAUAUCCUUACCAUUUUUAUACUAUAUCUUUCCAAAUUACUUCUUACGUUUUGUUGUUUUCCCAUUCAUUGCUCCUUGACUUGCACACUUCCCCUCUUAAUUGUAAGUGUUUACUCAAACCCCGCUAGUGAGGGUUUCUUUACAGUAUUCCUGCAAGCACAUCGUAAACAGUUCCCAGUCUUCUAAAAAGUCUUUAUUUUCCUUGCCUCUGAGUUUUCCCAUAAGCUUCGCCAUUUUGGCGUAGUCCACAAGUUUCGCUUGCCAUUCUUCUUUCGCUGGCAUCUUGCCAUCCUCCCAUUUCUGGCUAGUAAAAUCCUAGCCACUCUCUUAAAACGCCAGAAUUUGCAGGCUUCCGAUGUAUCUGAGGGCUGGAAGGUUCAGGGCAGGUAAAAGAAAGCCCUUUUUCGCGGAGCAGAGUUGAACUGCGGAACUCCUUGCUGAAGGAUGGCUUUAAAAGAGGACUGGACACAUUUAUGGAGGAAGGCAGGGUGGGCUUGAGGUGUUUCCUGGUGCCACCCCAGUUUAUCCCAGAUUGCAGGAGAUUCUCCUGGCACAGGAAUUGGCAAGGUUUACGAUACGAUACGAUAAUCUUUAUUGUCAUUGUCCCAUACAGAACAACGAAAUUGGAAAAGAAAAAUCUACAUAAGACAUUCAAAACCAACAAGCCUGCUAUCCCAGCUAUCCCAACCUGGUUAGCCCCCUAAAAACUCUGAUACCCCAUUUUUAAAUACAGUAUACUCCCAUAGAUAAAGGUAAAGGGACCCCUGACCAUUAGGUCCAGUCGUGACCGACUCUGGGGUUGCGGCGCUCAUCUCGCUUUAUUGGCCAAGGGAGCCAGUGUACAGCUUCCGGGUCAUGUGGCCAGCAGGACUAAGCCGCUUCUGGCGAACCAGAGCAGCGCACGGAAACGCCGUUUACCUUUCCGCCAGAGCGCUACCUAUUUAUCUACGUGCACUUUGAUGUGCUUUCGAACUGCUAGGUUGGCAGGAGCAGGGACCAAGUAACGGGAGCUCACCCUGUCGCGGGGAUUCGAACUGCCAACCUCCUGAUCGGGCAAGCCCUAGACUCUGUGGUUUAACCCUCAGCGCCACCCCCGUCUAAAGACUACCUUGCACUGUGUUUAAAAUCAAAAUUGCAUUUGGAUAGAAACUGUUUCUCAGGUGGCUAGUCCUAGUCUUUAUAACUCUAUACCUUCUUCCAGAAGGCAGAAGCUGAAAGAGAUCAUUUCCGGGGUGCUCACUAUCCUGCGCUAUCUCUGCAGCUUUCUUCUGGCACCUGGAAGCAUAGAUUUGAUCCAAGGUGGGAAGAGUGCGCCCAAUUAUUCUCUCCUCUCUCUGCAGAAAUUUGAGCAGGGCUUCAUCACGGACCCGGUGGUGCUGAGCCCUGCGCACACGGUGGGCGACGUCUUCGAGGCCAAGAUCCGGCACGGCUUCUCGGGUAUCCCGGUCACCGAGACGGGCAAGAUGGGCAGCAAGCUGGUGGGCAUCGUCACCUCCCGGGACAUCGACUUCCUUUCCGAGAAGGAUUACAGCAUCGCGCUCAGCGAGGUAGGACCCGCGGCGCCCGCCUCCCUUGGCAGCAGCCAAGACGGAAGGGAAGGAACGGGCAUAGAGCUGGGAGGGAACCGCAGGGGUCAUCCAGUCCAACCCUCUGCAAUGUGGGUCUGGGGGAAAGAGGGCACAGCUGCCGAAAAAAGGCUCUCUCUUGAAUUUCUGCCACUGCCGCUCACGUCCGCCUUGAAUUCGUGGGAUGGUCUCCCGUCUCCUGCCCAAUUCAAAUGCCACCCCUUGUGCCUUCCUCCAUCCUCUGAGAAGAUUCAGGAAAGAGAAAGAAAGUCUUUCUUCAUAAUAUUAAUAUUAGAAUACUAAUUUAUUAUUUGUACCUCAGCCAUCUGACUAGCCAUUUGGGUGGCUUCCCACAAAAUAUUAAAAACACAAUAAAACAUCAGGCAUUAAAAGCUUCCCUAAACAGGGUUGCCUUCAGAUAUCUUCUAAAGUCAGAUAGCUGUUUAUUUCCUUGACAUCUAGUGGGAGGGCGUUCCACAGGGCAAGUGCCACCACCAAGAAGGCCCUCUGCCUGGUUCCCUGUAGUUUCAUGUCUCACAGUGAGGGAACCACCAGAAGGCCCUCGGACCUGGACCUCAGGAUCCAGGCUGAGCGAUGGGGGUGGAGACACUCCUUCAGGUCUACUGGGCUGAGGCCAUUUAGGGCUUUCAAGGUCAGCACCAACCCUUUGAAUUGUACUCAGAAACGGACUGGGAGCCAGUGUAGGUCUUUCAGGACGGGUGUUAUGUGGUCCCGGCGAACGCUCCCAGUCCCCAGUCUGGCUGCCACAUUCUGAAUCAUAGAAUCAUAGAAUCCUAGAGUUGGAAGAGACCCCAAGGGCCAUCGAGUCCAACCCCCUGCCAAGCAGGAAACACCAUCAGAGCACUCCUGACAUAUGGUUGUCAAGCCUCUGCUUAAAGACCUCCAAAGAAGGAGACUCCACCACACUCCUUGGCAGCAAAUUCCACUGUCAAACAGCUCUUACUGUCAGGAAGUUCUUCCUAAUGUUUAGGUGGAAUCUUCUUUCUUGUAGUUUGGAUCCAUUGCUCCGUGUCCGCUUCUCUGGAGCAGCAGAAAACAACCUUUCUCCCUCCUCUAUGUGACAUCCUUUUAUAUAUUUGAACAUGGCUAUCAUAUUAGUUGCAGUGUGUUGGGAGAUGCAUAGGGAAGUUUCUCAAACUAUACCUGGAAUGGAGGCACGGCACAUAGUCCAACUGUGGAAUUCCCUCCCACUUGAGGCCGUGAGGGCCACCAGCCGAGAGGCCUUGAGAGGAAGGUCAGGCAUGAUCACUUUGACAUGCUUUCGAACUGCUAGGUUGGCAGGAGCAGGGACCAAGCAACGGGAGCUCACCCCGUCGCGGGGAUUUGAACCGCCAACCUUCGGAUCGGCAAGCCCAAGAGGCUCUGUGGUUUAGAUCACAGUGCCACCCGCAUCCAGGAGGUCUAGAGGCACCCCCAAAAUGCCCGGUCCCAGUUUUCCUGGGGUGGCCAAACUGGCUCUGUGUGUGUUUGGGGCCAGUUCACCCGAGUCUGCCCCCUUUCCUGCCCCCCACGCAGGUCAUGACGAAGCGCAAUGACCUGGUGGUGGCCCCUGCCGGAGUCACGCUGAAAGAAGCCAACGAGAUCCUUCAGAGGAGCAAAAAGGUAUGCGGGGGGUGGGGGUAACCCUUUCCCCCCAUGGACCCCUAAGACUGGCGUUGCUCUGCCCUCCUCAGCUGGAGCCGGUAAUCUAGGCCGGUUCCGCUUCAGGAAUUAGAGCAGAACCUCCACCCCCUGGGGCAGUCUACCUUUGGAUACCAGGCGGUGGGGAGCCAGAGUCAGGCCCACUUGCGGUUCUCCCCCCUGGUUGGCCGCUGCCAGAGCAGGGUGCUGGGCGGUUUUUUUAUAUAUAAUAUUUUUUAUUAAUUUUAACAUAUAAAUUAUAAAAUGUACCACAAAACUUAUCACUUAUACAAUCUUUUUGGACUUCCAUCAGCACCUCUGAUGAUCCACCGUUUCACCACUUCUUAUGCAUUUCUUAACUUUAUAUUGCCUUUACAUCUCUUAACAAAUCAUCCUCCCCUUGUCCAUUUUUACAAUACUUCCAAUAAUACUCCUCACAAAACUUCUUGCAACCCUACAAACGUCAUCUGUUCUUCACAAAUACUUUUCAAAUAGCCCAUAAAUUUACUCCAGUCUUCCGUGAAUUUCUGGUUUUGCCGGUUUCAAAUCCUUCCUUUUAGUUUAUCUAAUUCUGCAUAGUCCAUUAACUUCACCCUCCAUUCUUCAAUCGUCGGUAACUCUUCUUGGUUCCAUUUUUGGCCAAUGAUAUUCUUGCUGCUGUUAUUGCAUAUAAGAAGAGCUUAAAUUCCUUUCUAUUUAUGUCACUCCCCACAAUGCCCAAUAAAAAUGCUUCUUUAUAGAUGUAUAUUUCAACAUUUUUUUCAACUCCUUAUAUAUCAUCUCCCAGAAGCAUUUCACCUUUUUGCAUUCCCACCACAUGUGAUAAAAUGUUCCCUCUUUUUCUGGGUGCUGGGCGGUUUUGGGCCCCCUUGGGCCCGAUCCAGCCGCCAGGCUCUCAGCUGCCCUGCCUCCCUCUGCCCUCCUCCGCGCAGGGAAGCUGCCAAUCGUGA